GUGCUGCACAUUAAUCGCUCGCAAAACGCAAACGACCGACGUCUUGGUGAAAGAUUUCGGGGAUGAUGACUUGAUAUUUUUCGCUAAUUCAAGAGCCAUUAUAGGCAGGAAAACGAAACAAUCGUGACUUACACAUAUAUAGACUAGUUAAACCUUAUUUAUUUCUCGAUUUAAUUCAUAAACUCUUCAAUAAUCGCUUAGUUUUGUGCUUUUUGUGUUUGUGCUAAUUUUUUCUUUUCGACGAGUGUGAUUUUUGUGGUGGCAUCAUGAAUCGACAGCAGAAUUCUAUAACGCAGCAGCAGGAGACCCAAAUGCAGCAAUCCCAGACUCAGCAGUACUCUCAGCAAAGGGUUACGCGAACUGAGCAACAUGUCACAAGACAAGUUACUGGACACACGUCAGUGCAUGGAGCGCAUCAAGGAUAUCAACAAAUAACUGGAUUUGGUCCAAACGCCCAGCCUCCAGUUUUCGAGAAGGUAUUUAGUAAUGCCCGUUUUGCACAAGGUGGUGUGGCCUCAUUCGAAGGUCGCGUGACAGGAAAACCACAACCAACCGUGACUUGGACCCGAAAUGAAGCCCCACUAAUCAAUUCCAAUAAACAUAGAUUGUCCUACAACGAAACGACUGGAGAUAUCACUCUCCAGAUACACCAAAUCGGCCCUGGUGACGAGGGAGAAUACGUAUGUACUGCCAAAAACCAAUAUGGAGCCGCAAUUUGUUCUGUUUAUAUUCAGCCCGAAGGCAUGCAAAUGCCACAUGUUCAAAGACAAGGAUACCAGAAAAUCGAAGAAACCACGUCUUACACUAAUGGACAUUUCGUGGAAGACUUCAAAAUCGAUACGUUCGAAUAUAGACUCCUGAGGGAAGUUUCUUUCAGAGAGUCCAUAACGAGAAGAUACGUCAAUGAGAAAGAUACCGUGAUCUCUACAACGGUGGAAAAAUCAUUGGGACCUCCAGCACCGCCUCAAAUAGCGCAGAAACCUAGGAAUUCGAAACUUCUCGAAGGUUCUGACGCUGUCUUCACAGCCAAAUUAUCUGGAAAUCCAAGAUCCAGAAUCACAUGGUUCAAGAAUGGCCAAAGAAUUACCGAGUCGCAAAAAUACGAAACGAACUUCUCAAAUAACCAAGCUUCUCUCAGAGUGAAGCAGGCUCAAAGUCAGGAUUCUGGCCAUUAUACUCUACUUGCUGAGAAUCCUCAGGGUUGCGUAGUAUCGUCUGCAUUUUUGGCGAUUGAACCAGUAAACACCCAAGAAGGUCUCAUUCAUGAAUCUUCGUUCAAGCAACAAGUCACCGAUACUGAACAAACUGAUACCGGAAAAACUUUGGCGCCCAAUUUUGUCCGAGUGUGCGGAGAUAGAGAUGUCACCGAAGGAAAAAUGACUCGCUUCGAUUGUAGAGUAACUGGAAGACCAUACCCGGAAGUUACAUGGUAUAUAAACGGUAGACAAGUUGUGGAUGAUCACAACCAUAAAAUCUUAGUGAACGAAUCUGGAAAUCAUGCUUUGAUGAUAACCAACGUUAGUAGAAACCAUUCUGGAAUUGUGACAUGCAUCGCAAAGAAUAAAACUGGAGAGACCUCAUUCCAGUGCAAUUUGAACGUAAUCGAAAAGGAACAAGUUGUGGCCCCCAAAUUCAUAGAGAGAUUCUCGACCAUGAAUGUGCGAGAAGGGGAACACGUUGUUCUACAAGCUAGGGCUAUUGGCACCCCAAUCCCGAAAAUAUCGUGGCAGAAAGAUGGCGUUGUCCUCACGCCUGGACCGAACAUACGUAUUAUGAGUGAGGGUGGAGCAUCAGUUUUAGACAUCUCCAAUGUUAAAUUGUCUGAUGCAGCUUGGUAUCAGUGUACUGCUCAAAAUGUUGCCGGUUCGACAGCAACCCGCGCCAGGCUGUUCGUUGAAACACCACAAGGUCCAACCCCCGAACCAAGACGUCUGCACCUGCCUCGUCCAACGAAAGUCAUCGAACCUGAACCCGAACCUGGCCCAGAAGUGAUUUACCUCCGUCAUGUUGAACGCGCUCGACCUCAUGCACCUCCGUCCGAAACUGAUCGUGUGUAUCCACCACCUCAGUUCAUCAUACCGUUGCGUGAUGCAGUACAAUUCGAAGGAGGUAAAGUCCAUUUCGAAGCCAGGAUAGAACCCGUUGGCGACCCUACCAUGAUUGUGGAAUGGUUCGUCAAUGGAAAACCUUUGGAAGCCAGCUCGAGAGCUACUUCCAUUUUCCGUUUUGGAUUCAUAGCAUUAGAUUUGAUAAGUUUAGUUAUGAGAGAUAGUGGAGAAUACGUUUGUAGAGUAACUAGUUCUACUGGUUGCGUUGAAUCCAGAGCGCUUCUCUCCGUGAAUCCUCGAGCCUCUAUCGAACAGACAAGUCAACAUCCAGAAAGUCUGCAAUACAUUCAGCAACUAGAGGAUUACUCGAAAUUCCAAAGAUCCGAGAGUUACGACGAAACGAUUAACCAAAGACCUCAUUUCAUCCGACCACUCCACGACCUAGGAGAACUUCAAGAGGGUAGGAAUGCUCACUUCGAAGCUCAACUGACACCUGUCAGUGAUCCCACAAUGAAAGUGGAAUGGUAUAAAGAUGGAAGGCCAAUCACGGCCAGUUCACGAAUCAGUACGAUAUUUAACUUCGGCUACGUUUCUCUCAAUAUUUUGCACCUACGGGCCGAAGAUGCGGGAUCGUACACAGUUCGUGCUGUUAAUCGUCUGGGAGAAGCAAUCAGCACAGCUACUCUACAAGUUAUCGUCAGAUCUACUGUAACAGGAGACUUGGGAAUUCCAGAACAGCAAAGAUACAUCGAACAAGUUGAACAGUUGGAAGCAUACCAACAGCAACAACACCAAAAGUACGUUAUGGAAACGCCCGAAUGCUCAGCACCUCCUGAAUUCAAGACCCCUAUUAAAGACCAACACCAAAUACGCGAAGGAGGAUUCGCACAUUUCGAAGCCCGUUUAGAACCAGUGGGAGAUUCCACUCUCAAAGUGGAAUGGCUUCGCGAUGGAAAAACAAUCGAGGCUAGUUCUAGAAUUACUAGCUUCUUCAAUUUUGGAUACGUUGCACUCACGAUCAAAGAUGUAACCGUCCAUGAUGUCGGAAAUUACACCUGCCGCGCAUACAAUGCAAUGGGACAAGCUACUACCACAGCACAAUUGAGUGUGGUUAGCAAAAAAGAUAUCAUUUUUGAUUCACAGCACCCCGGAGGUCUACAGAAAAUACAACAUUUAGAAGAUUCAAGUAGAUACUCGAGAAGGGAGCAGGAAGAAGUUAUUGUGACCCAAAAACCUAGAUUUAUGGGACCUCUCAAGGGAACAAAUAAGAUUGUAGAAGGUCAAAGAGCUCACUUCGAAGCUCGCGUUGAACCUCAAAGCGACUUGACCAUGAAAAUUGAAUGGUACCAUAAUGGCAAACCUAUUCAAACUGCCAAUAGGAUCCAAACUUACUAUGACUUCGGUUAUGUUGCUCUCGACAUUCUGAGUGUCAGAGCCGAUGAUGCUGGAACGUACACUGUCGUGGCAAGAAAUGCCUUGGGAGAAGCUCAGUUGUCCGCCUCUAUGGUCAUUGAAACUCGAGCAAGCAUCGAUACAAGGAGUAUGCACAGAGGAACCUACGAUAAAACUAAGCAAUUAGAGGAAUCUAAAUUCGUAGAACCACAAUACCAAAUCGAGGAGAUCUCCAAAUCCAAACCGAUAUUCACGGUACCGCUAACUGAUCCCCAACCUGUAUCUGAAGGUAGAAAUGUCCACUUGGAAUGUCGUUUAGAGCCAAUGGGAGAUCCAACAAUGCGAGUAGAAUGGUAUUGCAACGGAAGGCCUAUAACUGUGGGAUCAAGAUUCCGAACCUACAAUGAUUUCGGUUUCGUUGCCCUAGACAUCAUUCAUGCUACUGCAAUCGAUUCCGGUGAAUACACAGUGAGAGCUGUGAAUCACUUGGGAUCUGCUCAUACAUCGGCAUGUGUGAGGGUUAUAGGAAGAUCUGAUAUAAUCACAGAUACUCAACACGAACAAUCGUUAGAGCAAAUCCAGUAUUUGGAAGAUUCUUCACGUUAUCGUAAACAUGUUACUGAAGAUGUACAAGUCCUUCAGGCUCCUCAGUUCACAAGACCGUUACACAACAUCGAAACGGUGGAAGGAACGAACAUUCAUAUGGAAUGUCGUCUUCAACCUAUUGGAGAUCCUACCAUGAAAGUCGACUGGUUUGUGAACGGAGUUCCUGUGAAAACUGGACAUCGGUUCAGACCAGCAUAUGAUUUCGACUAUGUUGCUCUUGAUCUACUGAGUGUUUAUCCGGUAGAUUCUGGAGUUUACACUUGCCAAGCAAGAAACCAGUUAGGAGAAGCAGUUACCUCUUGUUCUGUGAGAGUAAUUGCCAAAAAAGACCUACUACUCGAAACACAACAUCCCUCAGGUCUGGAAAAAAUUCAGUAUCUAGAGGAUUCAUCAAGAUACAAAAGAACAGAAUUUGUUGACGAACAGGUUACAACAAGACCAAAAUUCAUCACGAAACCCAAAAGCUAUGACAAUAUGUCAGAAGGUUCUCACGCCCACUUUGAGUGUAAAUUAGAACCUGUAACCGAUCCUAAUUUGAAGGUUGAAUGGUUCAAAAACGGGCGUCCUAUUACUGUCGGGCAUAGGUUCCGACCAAUCCAUGAUUUCGGUUACGUUGCUUUAGAUAUUGUCGACUUGAUUGCUGAAGAUUCUGGAACCUACACAUGUCGGGCAACAAAUCUUGUAGGUUCGGAUGAAACAGUUUGCGCCCUACGAUGCAGAAGCAGUGGACAAAUCAUUACAUCUUCACAAAACGAGCAGGGUCUACAACAAAUCCAACACCUCGAGGAUAGAUCUCGUUAUCACAGAAGAGAAGAAAUUGAUGAGACGACAACUCAAGCCCCUACCUUCACAACAUCCCUGAAGAAUAUCGAAAUCAAGGAAGGACAAAGGGCACACUUCGAGUGUCGCAUAAUUCCAGUGUCAGAUGCUACAAUGAAAGUUGAAUGGUUCCAUAAUGGCCAACCGUUGAAGUCCGGCUCAAGAUUUACGGAAACCAAUAGCUUCGGGUUUGUUGCUUUAGAUAUACUGCACACAUAUCCUGAAGAUUCCGGUACUUACACAUGUAGAGCAACCAAUGCUCUGGGAGAAGCUGUAACUUCUUCCGUUUGUUUGGUUCAUUCCAAGAAGUCGAUUUAUUCUGAAACUGUUCAUGAAGGCGCUUUGAUGAAAUUACACGAACUGGAAGAUUCCAGUCGCAGUCAACGAACAGUUGUACAGGAAGAGAUUGUGACGCAAGCCCCUGUGUUCACAAUGCCAAUCAAAGAUGUUCAAGUAGCUGAAAAUCAAGCGGCUCACUUUGAAGCUCGACUUAUUCCAGUUGGAGAUUCACGACUCAAAGUAGAAUGGCUAAGAAAUGGGGUACCAAUUGAAGCAUCUAACCGAUUGACAACUAUGCACGACUUUGGAUAUGUCGCUCUGAAUAUGAAAUAUGUUAACCCAGAAGAUUCCGGUAGUUACACGUGUAGGGCUGUGAAUGAUCUUGGUGAAGCAGUAACUUCUGCAACCUUAUUUGUUCAAUCCAAAGCAUCCCUUCAAUUGGAAUCUCAACACGAAGGAGCUCUUCAGAAACUUCGUCAGUUGGAAGAUCAUACCAAAUACCAACGGCGUGAGGAGGAAGAAGUUGUUGUAACUCAAGCUCCUCAUUUCUCCACACAUCUUAACGGACCAUCUGAGUUGAUUGAAGGACAAAGCGCUCAUUAUGAAUGCAGAAUAGAGCCGUACCCAGAUGCAAAUCUCAAAGUCGAGUGGCUACAUAACGGCAAACCACUCACAACAGGUCAUAGAUUCCGCACAGCCUACGACUUUGGAUUUGCCAGUCUGGAUGUCUUAUCGGUAUAUGCCGAAGACUCCGGAGAAUACACCUGUAGAGCGACAAAUCGCUUAGGUACAGCUCAAUCAUCUGUAAACACCAAUAUCAAAUCUAAAGCAUCCAUAAUUAGAGAUACUCAACACGAAGGAGCACUGGAUAAGAUUCACUAUUUGGAAGAUGGAUCGAAAUACAAACGUGUCAGCAGAGACGAAGCUAUUCUAUUAGAGAAACCUCAAUUCGGCAGAGGACUGAAGAAUAUUCAAAACCUACCAGAAGGCUCAAGCGCCCAUCUGGAAGCUACUCUCACGCCAGUCAAUGAUCCUACAAUGAGAGUUGAAUGGUAUUGCAAUGGAAGACCUAUUCAAACUGGACACAGAUUCAAAACUACAUACGAUUUCGGAUAUGUGGCUUUGGACAUCCUCUAUGCCUACGGAGAAGACUCCGGUACUUACAUGUGUAAAGCUCGUAACGCAGUUGGUGAAGCAGUUACCACUGCAGCGGUUUCGGUAACUACUAAGAGUGGAUUAGAGUUAGAGACACUGGAUGAACAGAGACUCAAGAAAAUCAGAGAUCUCGAAAGCUACGAAAGACCCAAGAAAGAAGAGGCUGAAGAAACACCUCAAAAGCCGGUGUUCCUCACGCCUCUAAUGAGUUUAGAUAAUUUGAAAGAGGGAGAACAUGCUCAUCUCGAAUGCCGAGUAGAACCAAUUAAUGAUGCCAAUUUGAAAAUCGAAUGGUUCGUUAACGGCGUGAAACUGAGAGCAGGUCAUAGGUUCAGAACUACUUACGAUUUCGGUUAUGUUGCAUUAGAUGUCCUGUACACAUACCCGGAGGACAGCGGCACUUAUAUGUGCAAAGCCACCAACUUGGUCGGAGAAGCCGUCAACACGUGCACUAUCAAAGUAGGUGGAAGAAAGGGAAUUAUUUUGGAUACACAUCAUCCAGAAGGUCUGGAAAAAAUAAGAGAAUUAGAAGCUCAGGGCCAUCCAACACGUUUAGAAGUAGAUGAACCAAUUCCAAUUCCACCUAGAUUUACUGCAGAAUUGAGGGGUACUACAGAGAUAUACGAAGGACAAACAGCUCAUUUCGAAGCUCAAAUUGAACCGAUAAAUGACUCUAAUCUCAAAAUAGAGUUCUACCAUAACGGCAAACCUUUACAGUCUGCAUCAAGGUACCAUACAACAUUCGAUUUUGGUUAUAUUGCAUUAGAUAUUGGACACGCAGUACCUGAAGAUGCUGGAGAAUAUACUGUCAAAGCUUUCAAUCAGCUUGGAGAAUGUAAAUCUUCCACAAAUCUCCGCGUCAUAUCAAGGGACAAUAUCAUUUUGGAAUCACAAAGACCCGAAGGUUUAGAUAAGAUCAGACAGCUCGAAGAACAUCAACCAUACAAACGUCCCGAGUAUGAGGAACCUCCUACUCGGCAAAGACCAGUUUUCACCCAACCAUUACAAAACAUUGAUUAUAUCCAAGAGGCUCAAACAGCCCAUUUCGAAUGUAGACUCAUUCCUGUUGGAGAUCCAACCCUUAAAGUGGAAUGGUUCAGAAACGAAAAGCCCAUCGAAGAUAGCUCCCGUAUCACCAAAGUUCAUGAUUUUGGUUUCGUGUCUCUCGAUAUUACCCAUGUACGCGAUGAAGACCAAGGGGUGUAUAUGUGUAAAGCAUCCAAUCCCUUGGGAGAAGCAGUCACUACAGCAUCUAUGAGAAUAAAAACUAAAGCUAGUAUUCAACUCGAAAGCCAACAUCCUGAAGCUCAAAGACGUAUUCAACAAUUGGAACAACCCUUAGCACCUAGAGAAGAAGAACCUGAACGUGAAUUCGAAAAACCUUUCUUCACGCAGCUUCUCAAUGGACCUACAGAAUUGUGGGAAGGACAACAUGCACACUUCGAAGCACGUGUUGUUCCAGUUGGUGACCCCAACUUACGAUUCGAGUGGUAUGUCAAUGGGGUAGAACUCAAAUUAGGAUCUAGGUUCAAGGUUACUCACGAUUUUGGUUUUGUAACUUUGGAUAUCAUGUCGACUGUACCUAACGACUCUGGAGUUUACAUGUGUAAAGCAAUUAACAAAGCUGGUGAAGCAGUUUCAUCUAUUUCGAUGAAAGUUAAAUCGAAAUCGAACAUAAUGGGUGAGCCACUCCAACCUGAUGCUUGGCAAAAAAUUCAACAGAAGGAGGCAGAUAUGAAUAAAGUACCUGAAAUGUUCGUCGAUACCACCCCUCAACAACCACCAGUGUUCACUACUCAUCUGAAGAGUUUUGAUAAAUUAUCAGAAGGUCAACAUGUUUAUUUGGAAGCACAAGUUGAGCCUAGAAGUGAUCCAAAUUUGAGGGUGGAAUGGUUCAAAAAUGGAGUUUCGCUCACUACCGGUACAAGACUCAGAAGUACAUUUGAUUUUGGUUUGGUUACACUAGCUAUCAAUGGUCUAAGAGCUGACGAUUCGGCCAUCUACACAUGUAAAGCCACCAAUUUGAUGGGUGAAGCAAUUUCAACAUGCACGCUCAAAAUCGAGGACAAACACUGGCUACUUGGACAAACACUACAUCCAGAGGCUAUACCCAAGCUCCAGGACUUGGAAAGAGCACCUGAAGCUCGACCGGAAGCACCAGAACCAACGUACGAAUUGCCGAUGUUCAUCACCCAUUUGAAUAAUGUGGAGUGUACGGAAGGCGAUUCCGUUCACUUCGAGUGUAACGUAGAACCUUCAAAAGAUCCAACAUUGAGAAUCGAUUGGUUCGUAAAUGGAAAACCAUUACCUAGUGGUGCUAGAUACAAAUCCACAUACGAUUUUGGUUAUGUAGCUUUAGACAUCACCCAUUCCUAUGAGGAAGAUUCUGGCGUAUACACUUGCAAAGCAACCAACAGUAAAGGCUCAUGUACCACCUCUGGUUCCUUACGUUGUACUGGAAAAUCUAACCUGUUUUUCGACACUCAACAUCCACAAGGAAAAAUGGGACUAGAAGCUGUUGAACAAGUAGAACAAGCUUACAUGGAUAAAUAUAAGAGAUCUGAAUCUGUGGGAGAGAAAAUGUUCCCCAAGCCCAUAUGGACUGUUCCACUCAAUCCAGAAUUCCAUUUGGCAGAAGGUCAACCUUUGCACCUCGAAGGAACUGUAGAACCGAAAGAAGAUCCAAAUAUGAAAAUCGAAUGGUUCUUCAAUGGAAAAUCGUUGGACCAUGGUUCUCGUUUCAAGCUUACCAGCGACUUUGGAUUCGUUACUCUAGAUUUAACAGAUGUUUACGAACGUGAUCAAGGAAUCUAUACUUGUAAAGCUACGAACAAAGCAGGUGAAGCUUUCACAUCAACAACUAUUUACUGUACAUCAAAAUCAAAUCUUAUCGAGCGUACUCAACAUCCUAAAGGGCAAGAAGGUCUUGAGAAAAUACAGAAUCUUGAAGAUUCGCUGAAUAGACCUGAAGUACCAACACCUGAAUCGGAUGAGGGACAUGCUCCAGUAUUCACAUCAGAUUUUACUGACUUGACUAAUCUGACCGAAGGAGAAAUCGCUCACUUUGAAGCUGGUUUAACACCUAUCGGUGAUCAGAGUAUGAAGGUUGAAUGGUUCUACAACGGUAAAAACAUCGAAGCGUCACACAGAUUCAGAACUGUACAUGCCUUCGGCAUGGUAGUACUCGAGGUACUUGGAACAAAGAUAGAAGAUUCUGGAACUUACACUUGUAAAGCUACAAAUAAAUGGGGAACAGCCACACAAAACGUUACACUCAAGUGUUCCGAAAAAAUACAUGGACAGGCACCUAAAUUUACUACUCAAAUCCAAGAUAUAGUUGGUCUCAAAGACGGCCAAUCUGCUCAUUUCGAAUGUACUUUGACUCCAAUUAACGAUCCCAAUCUGAAAGUCGAAUGGUUCCAUAAUGGACAACCAAUCUUGCAGUCAUCAAGAAUAAAAUCUGUUUCAGACUUUGGUUUCGUAGUACUUGAUAUUUCGUAUAUCCAGAAUCAUGACUCCGGCGAAUAUGUUUGCCGAGCAAGCAACAAAUAUGGCGAGGAUUACACCAAGGCCACAAUUUCAGCUCAUGGCAAAGGUGGUGUAUUCUCUGAGAGUUUGCAACCAGAAUCACUAGCCAGAAUAAGAGAACUGGAAAGUCUUCAAGGUCAUCAUGCACAACCAUUACCAACCCCUGUUGCCGAACCUCCCAAAUUCAUCACCCAAAUCCAAGACAUCACGAAAUUGGUUGAAGGACAAAGUGCUCACUUCGAAGCCCGUUUAACACCGGUAACUGAUCCUGAUCUCGUGGUGGAAUGGUAUUACAAUGGAAAGAAAUUACCGCAUGGUCACAGGUAUCGAACUUUCCACGACUUCGGUAUCGUUAUCUUGGAUAUCUUGUACUGUUAUGAAGAAAAUUCAGGAGUGUAUGAAUGUAGAGCACGUAACAAAUACGGCGAGGAUUCUACGAAGGCAACGAUGAAAUGCGUAUCAAAGGCUAAUUUAAUCCUGGACUCGCAACUACCGCGGGGCAUGGAAGGAGGUCUAGAGAAAAUACAAACUCUGGAAGACUCAAUGAUACGACAACGUGAAGAGAAAAUUGUAGAAGAGAAAGGAAGAGCUCCGGUAUUUACUGUGCCUUUAUCAAACAUUGAGAGCCUUAGAGAAGGGGAAAGUGCACACUUUGAAGCACGUUUGAUACCAACUGAUGAUCCUAAGCUCAAGGUUGAAUGGUUCUGGAACGGUAAAUCACUCAGAACUGGUUCGAGAUUCAGAACCUUCUGCGAUUUCGGUUUCGUUAUUCUUGAAAUAUCUCCAGUAUACCCAGAAGAUUCCGGAGAAUACUCAUGCAGGGCAAUCAAUGAGUAUGGAGAAGCUGUUACUACAGCAUCCAUGAAAAUACAAGGCAAACGUAACAUCAUUCUCGAAUCUCAAUUACCUAAAGGUAUGGAAGGAACCAUUGACCGCAUUGCGGAACUGGAAGGUUUGGGAACUAUACCAUCCCAACCUUCGCCUGAAGAUGAGACUGGAAAACCACCAGAAUUCAUAACGACACCAUCUGAUUUAACUCUAAUUGAAAACUCCCUGGCUCACUUCGAAUGUAGGCUGACACCUAUAAACGAUCCAAGUAUGAGAGUGGAAUGGUUCCACAACGGAAAAGCUUUGUGGUCAGGCUCGCGCAUCAAAACAAUAAACGAUUUCGGAUUCGUCAUCCUCGAGGUGGCUGGCGUUUAUCAAAGAGAUUCUGGAUUCUAUACUUGCAAAGCUACAAACAAGCACGGAGAGGCAACAGUGUCAUGUAAACUGCAAGUAAAGGGAAGACAAGGUAUCAUUCUGGAACCACAGUUACCAUCAAGCUUCAGAUCGGGCACGGAGAGUAUUCAACGUCUGGAAGAAACAUUGUACAAACGUGACGAAAUUAUGCCUGAAGAAGAGAAACCAAAUCCGCCUAGAUUCAUUGUCGAGAUUAAAGACAACGUGGAUGUCCCAGAAGGUGGACCAGUUCACUUCGAUUGUAGGGUAGAGCCCAUAAACGAUUCAUCCAUGCGCAUUGAAUGGUACCACAACGGUAGACCGUUCGCAACCGGUUCCAGGGUACACCAAAUCAACGAUUUUGGAUUCAUUUCACUAGAUAUAGACUACACGUACGCAAGGGAUGCUGGAGAAUAUAUCUGUAAGGCGACCAAUAAAUGGGGAACGGCUAUGACCAAGGCAACAGUAACAUCAAAAUCUAAGAGAAAUAUCGAUUUUGAAUCUCAACUUCCUUCUGGAAUAAGCGCUGAGAAACUUAAAGAGCUAGAACGCGGACCGGUAUCCAGGGCUCCUCAAGAAGAAAAGGUUUUCACGAAACCUAAGUUCAUAACUCAAAUACAAUCAUCCACUGUGGAAGAAUCUGAAACUGUUCAUUUCGAAUGUCGCGUUGAACCAAAAGACGAUCCGAGAUUGAGGGUAGAAUGGUACAGGAAUGGCAAACUUUUACCUUCAGGAAGUCGUUACAAGAACAUCUACGACCUAGGAUUCGUAUCCUUGGAUAUUUCCUACUUCUAUUCUGAUGACGCUGGUGAAUAUGUAUGUAGAGCUGUUAACGACCAUGGCGAAGACUUCACUAGAGCUAGUGUCUCGUGCAAGAAAUUGCCUAAUAUAAUUCUACAAAACCAAGUGCCGAAGGGAAUGAAGAGAUCUGAAACCCUAAUGCAAAUGGAGGCUGCUAUCAAGAAGUACACUUCCGAGAUUCAUUUGACAGAAGAAGAUUUGUACGAUGUCGACAAAAAACAACCACCACGAUUUGUCACGCAAAUCCAAGACCAAACAGAACUGGUCGAAAUGAACAGCACCAAGUUCGAAUGUCAAUUGGCACCUGUGGGAGAUCCUAACAUGAAAGUUGAGUGGUUCUUCAAUGGAAAACCGUUGCCACAUAAGAACAGAUUCACACCCAUUUACGAUUUCGGAUAUGUGGCAAUGAACUUCGGUUGGGUGUACCCAGAAGACAGCGGUGAAUAUUUGUGCCGCGCAACAAAUUUGUAUGGUCAGGAUGAAACAAGAGCCAUCAUAAAAACAACCGGUAAACCUGGCAUCAUUUACGAGUCACAGUUACCGAAAGGUAUGAAGAGUAUCGAGAAAAUAAGAGAAUUGGAAGCCGCCUGGCAAGUUGUACCCGAAGAGCCAGAAGAAGAGUCCAAACCAAGGCAAGCACCAGUAUUUGUCAGCAAGCCAGAACCUGUAACAGUACAAGAAGGCGAAUGGGCAAGGUUUUGCUGUCGUGUUACUGGUCAUCCACGUCCGAGGGUCAUGUGGUUGGUGAACGGUCAUACCAUAGUUAACGGUGCGCGCUACAAGUUGACUUAUGAUGGGAUGUAUCAUAUGGAUAUUCCGAAAACUCGUCAAUACGAUACUGGAAAAGUUGAAGUGAUUGCACGUAGCGCAGCCGGGGAAGCCAUUGCUGAAACCGAACUCAAAGUAGUACCAAGACAUGAUGAUUAUAGAAAUGUAUUGAAAAAUUCGCCACGACCUUGGUAUGAUCUUGAAUUAUCCCAGUAUCAGAAAGAAAGACAAAAUACAGAACUCGAGAAGAUCUUUGACGAGAGAAAUACGACACUCAGAGAGACUGGCAUGCAAGUAUCUGGAAUACAUAUUCAACCUAAAGAAUUGAAGGAGCAACAAACAGAAUGGCAACAAACUGUUAAGAGUAAAAAGAGUUCAGAUUACUACAACAAAUUACAAGAAUUAGAAAAUGAACAAAUCACAAAGGAAAUCAAAUUGAGGGAAACUCACCACCAAUUCGCUAUUCCUGGAGAGAAAGUUGUUGCAAACUCUGUAGCAAGAGGAAUGGCGCAAAAAUAUCAGGAGAAUUUGGAAUCUCCAGAGAGUCACCCACACAAGGUACAACUGAGGAAAGUACAAAGGGAAAACAAGUUCCAAACCAACGAAGUAGAAAUUGAUUCGAAAACCGGGGCGUAUCCUCCUGAACCCACUGAAUCCUCGGUGCAUGGAAGAGAAGUUCAUGUCACUAAACAGAAACAAACACAAAAAGAAAUACAAGGUGAUCUGGAAAUCACCCGUAAUAUCACCGCUACUGAAACUACCGACGUCGAACAUAAGGCUAGGACUCAGGAGAAACUUGUACAAGGUCAAGUGUUACCCAGUAACCCACCUCACUUCACCAAAAAGAUAAAACCGUGCCGAGCAUUUGAGAAUGACUCGGCAAAAUUCGAAGUCGAGUUCGAUGGAGAUCCAUUACCCAAAAUAACCUGGUACAGGGAAGAUUUUCCAAUUACUAGUUCGCCAGAUUUGAAAAUCUACACAUUCAGUACUAAAUCCAUCUUACAAAUCAGACAGGUCUUCUUAGAAGAUUCAGGAGUGUUCAGUGUAGUUGCUGAAAACCGUGGUGGUACGGCAAAAUGCAGUGCUAAUUUGGUAGUUCAGGAGAGACGAAGAGCUGGAAGAGCAGGUCCAAUACCUCCCAGUUUCGUCACAACAAUUCAGAGCACAACUGCACCAAUCGGACAGUUGGUUAGGUUUGAUGCUAGAAUAAACGGAACCAAACCAAUCGACGUUUACUGGCUGAAAGAUGGUAAGAAAGUUACACCUGAUAUCAAGUACAAAACACUGGAAGAAGAUGAGGUUCACACACUCCUGAUAUUAGAAGUGACCUCUGAAGAUUCCGGCAAAUACGAGUGUGUGGCUAUCAACAACGCAGGAGAAGCUCGUUGUGAAGCCGAAUGUUUGGUUCAAACACCAGCAUCACCAACAAAAACAGCCAAACCAACCACCCCUAGUGCUGAAAAACAGCCAACCCUGAUUGAACCAUUGAAAGAUCAAACCAUCAAAGAAGGCCAGGCAGCUGCUUUCAGAUGUAAAAUUUCAGCCAAACCUUCACCCACCAUCAAAUGGCAAAAGGGUGAUAAGGUUAUCAAGCCGUCCAGAUACUUCCAAAUGGUAAAAGACGGAGACAAUUGUAUACUCAAGAUCAGUGAAGCUUUUCCUGAAGACGAAGGGCUCUAUAAAUGCGUGGCUACCAACCCAGCUGGUACUAUCACCACACAGGCCAAUCUGAAAGUUGUACCUCCAGAGACACAAGAAAUUCCACCGUCAUUGACUCCAAUGAAAGAUAUAACCGUUUCAGAAGGAAGUCCUGCACAGUUUAAGACGAAGGUGUCUGGGAAACCAAAACCAACAAUCCAAUGGCUACGAGAUGGUUUCCUUAUACCCGAAUCACCAGACUUCCAGAUGAUCCAUGAAGGAAAUAACGUAGUCCUUCUCAUAUCAACAACAUACGAAGAAGACACCGGUACUUUUACCUGUAGGGCCACGUCUUCAGCUGGUCAAGUCGAACAAUCGGCGAAAUUAAUUGUUAAAAAGCGAAGUGGUUCUUAUCGUAUAGAGUCUUUUAACGACAAACUUAAGGAUGAAGAGACCAAUGACUUAUCAACAAAAAUACAUCAGCCACAAUCAGAAGUUAACAAAACAUUGUCAAGGUCUGCUCCUCAACCCAAAAGUGGUGUGCAACCGAAGGAUGAAGAACAAUUACCAAAAGGAGAUGACUCCCUUCCUUGGAGAAGGAAAUCAUCUCUUGUAGACAAGGUAGAUUAUGUAAGAACUUCGCAGGCUCAACCAUGGACCUCAGAAAAAGUAACACUGAAGAAAACUCAGAGAGAGGUGAAAAAAAUCGAUUCGUUCAAACCAGAAGAGGUUACACUCAAAAAAACGCAGAAACUGAAAUCCUCUACUGAAAAACAUCAAGUUGAAUCAAUUGAACUCACGCAUAAAAAGUUCCCAGCUGCUGUCACAGAAUCGAAGGAAAUUCCUCAGAAGGCCCCUUGGCGCUCAACUGAAGAUAAAGAAAUUCUUGAUAUACAAGAAAAAGAACGAGAAACUCUUUUCAAACCAAUUAAAGAACAGAAAGAUUGGAGAAAGCCGAGAUCGGAGGUGAAAGGCUUUUUGCACAGCGAAGAAGAUAGAGAAAGACUCGAAAUAAAUAAGGAAGAAGAGGAAACUCUCUCCAAAAAAACUCUACAUACUGAGGAAAAAGAAUGGAGAAAGCCCAGACCCCUUGAAAAAGUCCCCAUGCAUAUGGAAGAAAAUAAAGAAAUAUUAAGGAUUGAAGAGAAAGAGGUAGAAGAACUUACAACUCGACAACCUGAGAAAAAGGACUGGAGAAAGCCAAGAUCUUUGGAAAAAGUCUCUCUACAUGUUGAAGAGCAUAAAGAAAUACUCAAGACAGAAGAGAAAGUAAAAGAACAACCCGAACUGAAGGACUGGAGAAUGCCGAAAUCUCUCGAGAAAGUACAAACUGUACACAUAAGGGAAGAUAAAGAAAUUGUCAAGAUCGACGAAAAACCAAAAGAAACUAUCUCUAAAAAACCAUCCGAGUCACAGGAAGCUGAAAAGAAAGACAGGACUAAGCCAAAAUCAACCGAUCAAGUCCUCAUACAUACAGAAGAUAGAGAAAUACUUCAAUUAAAGGAAAAAGAAGAGGAAACCUUAUCUAAAAAACUGACAGAAAGUCAACAUCCUGAGAAGAAAGACUGGAGAAAGCCAAAACCUUUCGAAAAAAUCUCUUCUCAUACUGAAGAACACAAAGAAAUACUCAAGAUAGAGAAGAAAGAAAAAGAUACAAUUUCUAAGAAGCCGUCAGAAACUCAACAGGUUGAACAAAAGGAAUGGAGGAAGCCAAGAUUUCUCGAUAAGGUGCCAAUACAUGAAACUGAAGAUAAAGAAAUACUUGAGGUGGAAAAGGAAGAGGCGGAAGUUAUUUCUAAAGAAAAAGAGGAAAAACCAGAGUCACAACAACCAGAAAAUAGAGACUGGAGAAAGCCGAAACCUCAACAAAAAUUACAUACAGAGGAUAGAGAAAUUCUCGAAAUACAAGAAAAAGAAGAAUAUACCAUACCUAAGAAACCCUCAGAAAAAAAGGAAUGGAGGACGCCGAGAUCUAUUGAAAAAAUCCCCAGUGAAGAUAAGAAGAUCGAAGAAAAACCAUUGGAAACCCAACAACUAGAUAAAAAGGACUGGAGAAAAUCAAGAACGGUCGAAAAAUUCUCCGUACGAACUGAAGAAGUGAAAGAAAUUCAGAAGAUAAACGAAAAAAGGGAUAUCAUUUCUGAAAAACCAUCAGAUAAUCAACAACCCGAAAAGAAAGACUGGAGGAGAACUUCCGUUAAAACUACCAUACAAAAAGAUGACAAACCCGUCGAACAAGAGCCAAUGUCUGAAAAAUCAGAGCCUUUACAACCUGAACGGAAGGGCCAAGAACCAAUAAAACCUCAGACACUGGAGCAAAAAACCUUGCAGAAAGUUGAAACUAAGCCCGAUAAAGCAGAAGAAAAGACUGCACCACUUGAGGAACCAAGAGAUGUAAAAACUCUUCCUUGGGGAGAGAAAGUUGUCCUCAAGAAAACAAGACGUGAAAGUAUAAAAAAAUCUACAGACCAGAUAGAACAAGUUAAUCUUAAACCGGUCAAGAAAGAUGAAAAAAGCCAAGAAGUCAUCGAAUAUGAAAAAAUGCCAGAAAGUCUGAAAUGCUCAGAAGAUUUUCCUACUGUGGGUGAAAAAGAGAAGAAAAAUGUAGCAACUAGGGAUGAAUCUAAACCAUUACCUUCGGAAAUCCCAUCAGAUACUGUUUCAGAUGAAGUUUUUCCAAGCAAAGAAACAGUGCCAAAGCGAAAGGAAAAGAUUAUAAUAGGAAAAACGGUAGAAACUGAAAGUUUACCAUGGGGUGAAAGGGUCACUCUCAAAAAAACAAGACGAGAAAGUGUGAAGACUUCGACUGAACAAACUGAACAAAUUCAUUUGAAACCAGUCAAGAAAGAAGUUGUGGAUAAAGAAUCAGUGAACAUCCUCACUGAAACAAUUUCCGAUGAAAUUAAGCCAAUUGCAAAAAUAAGUGUGCCUGAAGGUAAACCAGUUGUGACUUCUAUCGCCCCAGAAAAAUCUCUUACAGCUGAUCAAAAUCUUGAGGGAGAUGAUACCAAAACAGAGACGAGAUCUUGGCGUAAAUCCAAGAAAACUCAAGUGACAGAAGAAACAUCUAAACCUACUAUGGAAAAACCGGAAGAGAAGGAAGAUAUAUGCAAAACAAUUCCGGGAGAAAUUACUGAGCAACCAAAGGAACAUCCUCUUACUGAUCAGGUUUUGCCCUCGAGUAAAGUUCCAGAGGUGAAAGGUUGGCGCAGAGGGCAUCAGGAACGCGUUAAAUCCGCAGAGAAGAAAGUUACCAUCGAACAAAUACCGAUAGAACAAGAAACCAUCCCGUCACAACAAGAUAUUUCUCCUAAGGAAAUAACCACUGUAGAUACAAGAAUGGCGGAGCUCCUCAAACCAGAUGAAACGAAAGAAACGAAGACAGAAUUGCAAAAGGCAAAAAAAAUCCAUAGGAAAAUCGUUAGGAAAGAUUCAUCUCAAGAAUUUACCGAUGAGAAAGAUAUUCCCAAACCGAAAGAAGGAGAAAAACAAUUCGCUUUUGAGGACGAUUUGAGGCAACCACAACCAGUUGAGAUAAUAGAAGUCGAAACAGUUACUGAGGAUACAGUAGUACUCAAAGUUGGAGAAGAUGAGAAGAAAAAACCGAGAGAAGAUGAUGUUAAGCCAGAAACCAUCAAACUAAAACCCACUCCGAAAACUGUAAGGAAAAUCGAAGAAACAGGACUUGAAAAGGUUGAUCUUAAAUCUAUCCCCAAAAAGCCUUCGUCGGAAAUCCCUAAGCCCGAAGUUAAGAAAGAAUCACAAGAAAAACCUACAUUGAAAGAAAAACACCUUAUACCUGAUUCCCUGCCAAGUACAAUGGAAAAUAUGUCGGAAUUUCCAGAUCUUACAGAUAUAGAGGUGAAACCAAAACCGGAACUUGAAAAACCAUCUGCUCCUGCAGAGAUCGUUCAACCGGUCGAAGAAACUGAAACUAAAGCACCUUGGCGUAGGGUAAGGAAGGAAAAACAAGAAGAAGAACAAGAGAAGCAGAAGUUGGUAAUGGGAAAAGGAAAACUGAAGGAAGAUGUGCCAACAGAAGAAGUUGUGAAGCUAAAGCCGGUUAGAAUAAGAGAAAACAAAGACGAUGUUGAAACCGUCAAAAUGGAGAAUAUUUCAUUCACUCUUGGUAAAGCUGAACUUAUAGAAGAAAAAAUUCCAGAAGCUCCGAAAAGAACAGAACAACCCGACGAUGCUCCAAAAGAAAAAUCCUGGCGUAGAGGUCGAAAAAUAAAGAAGGAAAAAGAUGAAAAAGACAGAGAGCUUGAGGAAAAGAAACAUGACUCGAAGAAACCAACUGAUGAAGUAUUAACAGCCGAAAGCCUGAUGCAUUCCAUUGAUGAAGUCCAAACUGAACUAAUUCCAACCAAAUUGGUGGAUGAUUCCCCUGCUGAAGCUUUCUCAGUUGAGGAACCUGAUCUCAAAUCUGUUGCUGCUAUAAAAUUAGGUGACAACAGUGUUCCCGCUAAAGAACAAGAGAGUGUCAUCGAAGAAAUUCCAACUGAACACCAAAAAUUCAAGAAGGAAAUGAAAGUCGAUGUUAUCUCCAAGAAAACCGUUCGGCAGCGCAAGCUGAUAGAAUUUGAAGAUAACGGACAACCAUUACCAGAGUUAGAGAUAAUUUCCCAGAAAAGAACAUCUGAGCAACCAAAGAAAGAAGAAGUAGAGGUCUUGAAGAAAUCGACAAUGAAAAUUAUUCAACAGAAGCAAGAAACACUGAAACCUAUACCUCCAAAAUUCAUCGAAAGGGUUGAGCCUGUAGUCUCUGAAUUAGAUAAACCAGCCAUGUUCACUUGCACAGUGGAGGGAAAUCCUUUCCCAGAAAUCCGCUGGUAUAAAAAUGAAACUCCAUUGUCUGAAAAUGAAAGAAUACAUGUCGAUAUCAUGGAGCAGACUGUGACCUUGACAUUCGAAAAAGUUACAUCUGAAGACAAAGCUAUUUAUACCUGUAAAGCAACAAAUUGUGCUGGUUUGGCUACAUCUACGGCCAAUCUCGAAAUUAUAGAAAAAGAAGAAGAUGGUGAAGCUCCUGAAUUCGAAGAACCUCUCAAACCUCAAAUUAUUGAUGGAAAAUCUCCCGUUUUGUUCAAAUGUAAGGUGAGCGGACAGCCAACUCCAAAAGUCAGAUGGUUCAGGAAGAAAGAUAAUAAAGAAAUACUGACUGAUAAUAAGAAGAAAGUAACAUAUGAUGAGAAAACUGGUAUAACCACUUUAGAAAUCAACAAACCUACGAAGAGUGAUGAAACUUUCUAUUCCGUCAUAGCAGAAAAUAAAUUCGGAAGAGCCGAAUGUAAGACCAAUUUGGUGAUUUCGAAUGCAACAACUGUUACAUUACCAGAAGUACUAGAAGCUCCAGAAAUCAUAAAGCCUCUAGAAUCAGUGAUAGCCAAGCCAACAGAAGAUAUUGUGAUGUUGGCUGAAUUCAAGGCAACUCCAUCUCCAGAAAUUGCAUGGUAUAGAAAUGGGAAACCCAUCAAAGACGAUGAGGAUUACAGUAUCACGAGGAAAACUAACAGAACUCAACUCUUAAUUAAGAAAACCGCCAAACAUAAAGGUGGAAAAUAUGAAAUCAAAAUAACGAAUAAGAAGGGUGAAGCUAGGUCUUCGAGCUCCGUCAGCAUCACUCAAGAUAAACCUGAAGCUACAGCUCCAACAUUCCUUAAAGUAGUAAAACCUCAGUUUGUCAGUGAGGGUGAAGCUGUCAUUAUGGAAACAGUCGUAGACGCUUUUCCUGUUGCGUCUUUCCAAUGGUUCCAACAAUCCGUGCCUAUAACAUCAUCGAAUGAAAUAAGGAUUGUAACUCAAGAUAACAAAUCCUCAUUGAUAAUCACGGAAAUGACUCCUGAUAUAGCGGGUCCAAUCACCUGCCGUGCUGAGAAUGUUGCUGGGUCAGUAACUUGCACAGCUACGUUAGGAAUAAUUGAAGAAACUGAAUGGGAAGAAACUAGAAUUAUGGAAUCACCCAAAUUUGUGGAAAAACUGAUGCCAACCAGAGUGAUGGAUGGUGAAAAAGCUGUCCUUAAGUGUACGGUGAAAGGAACACCAACUCCAAAAGUCGAAUGGUACCACAAUAAUCAACUUGUAAACCAAGCUAAAGAUGUCGUUAUGACCCAAAGUACAGAUGGUACCUGUGAACUAGCGAUUUCCGAAGUAUUUCCAGAAAAUGCUGGUGAAUACGUAUGCAAGGCUACAAAUAAAUUGGGACAAGCCAUUUGUAAGACUCCAUUGAUUGUAGAGGCUUACGAAUACAUUCCAGAUUCCGAGAUGGGACAUUUCACAGGAUCUGAAGAAGAUUUAUUGGACAAGACGCUAAGCGAAUUAGACAUUCCUUCAGACAGCGAUGUUGAAUGUGCACCUAAAAUAAUUAAAAAACUGCCGCAGGUUGUGUCAGUAAAAGAUGGCGAUGUUACAAAACUUGAAGUACAAGUUUCCGGGAAACCUAAGCCGAAAGGAAGAUGGCUCAAACAUGGAGAAGAAAUUGUACCAUCUAAUGAAUUCGUUAUCGAAGACUUCGAAGAUGGUACUUGCAUACUCACUAUAUCGGAAGUGUAUCCUGAUGACACCGGUGAAAUUGUGUAUGAAGCACAGAAUCCUCUGGGAGUUGCUGUCACAACAACCGAAUUGUUGGUGGAAUCAGUCGAAGGUAUCGUUGGUACCAAAGAUUACAGAAAACCGGAGUGGGUUACCCAUAUGGAAGAGCUUCAAAUUGCAUUAAAAGAAUCCCGUGCACCACCUACCUUUGUGAAGGAACUGACAGAUAUAAGAACAACCGAAGAAGAGACAAUAACAUUUGAAUGCCUAUUCUCUGGAACUCCAACACCAGACAUAAUCUGGUAUCAUAACGAUAAGGCUAUCCGAAACACUGAGAAUAUCAAAAUCAGAAUCAUGGAUAACAGAACGACAUGCACAAUAAAAGAAGCCUCCAAAACCGAUGUCGGGCAAUAUGUUUGUAAGGCUGUUAGUGAUGCAGGUGUUACAGUCACAAAAGCAAAAUUGUACGUCCAAGAAAUACCAGAAUAUAAAAGGAAAGAAAUCCUCAUCAGAAGGGCGAAAGAAUCGCAGGAAACGGUGAAGAAAGAACGAGUGAAACUCGAAAAGAGAAGAGAAGAGAGAAGAAGGAGAUCUUCCCAGAUAAUCAUAGAAACCGAAGAAACAACUCCUUUAAUUGUUACAGAAACACAAGUUACUGAAGAAACCAAAGAAAUCGAUACAAGCGUGAAAAUGGAAAAAGCACAGCCCGUAUUGGAUACCUUGGAGCCGUUGAAGACUGAGGCUACGGCAUCGUGUAAAAAAGUCGAGGAGGUAGAGGAAAAAGAAAAGCCUAAAGAGUUGGCUCAAAAAGUCAUCGUUCCAUUAGAAUCCAUUGUAACUGAACAAAAAAUUGUGGAAGAGAAAAUAAUUCAACUAGACGAAGUUAAAGAAGAGACACAAAAAGCUCAAAUUGACAUUCAAGACGCCACGUCGCUAGAUUUCGCAGAGAUAACUGAGGUUAAAGUCGAACGGAUCAUUGAACGUGUUGAACAAAUAAUCAAAAAGGAUGAAAUUAGAAUGGCAAAAGAAGUUAACGAAUUGUUGGAAUUCAUUGACGUCAAGCAAUUUGGUCCCGGCGAACAACCCCUACGAGAAAUUGCGGAAAUCGGUUAUCUGUUCAAACACGGAAUAACCGUCAAAGAAAUAACAGUUCUCUAUCAAGAAAAUAGAUUCCCAUCAUUGAAGACACCACAAGCUCAAUCGGCCAUGGUCAAUGUUGUCGAAAGAAAAGGUCAUGGUACUUUGAUAUCCGAGGUAUUGACAGAAGAAACGACAGUGGAUGAAAGUAAGUUGGCCGCAACGGUUGGUUUCCGCGCUUUCAUGAAAAUGGUGGAAUCCGAUUAUGUAACAAUUGAAGAAGUAAUCACCAAUUUCACACCGGAAGAUUUCAUAACACGUGCCUGGGAGUCAACUGAGGUUAAAGAGGAGAUCGUUAAACCACUCUUCAAAGAAAUGGUCACUAUAUCUGAAGAAGUUGAAAUUCAUGAAGAUAUAAAACGAACUACCGAUAAAAGAAUUGUCAGAAAAGAAACCAUUGAAGACGAUGAACACACCAAGACCACAACUGUGAUAACUGAAGAAAAAUCUGGUCCUGAAACUGAAGAAGACACCGAAAUCGAAGAAGAAAUCAAGAGAAAAGUAACUAAGCAGACGGGUGAAAAGAAGAGUGAACAAGCAAAGGAAACAGAAAAGAAAAUCAGUGGCAAGAUCAAGAAAACAUCGAAGCGUGAAGACAAGACUGACAUUACAAUUGUGGAAGAAAGAAAAAAACAGAAAGUCUUGAAAAGCAAACCUGAUAAUGUGACUUUCGAUGAAGAGAAAGUGUAUAAACUCUCGGUUCCAGAGGAAGAGAGCACCAAGGUUAUUCCUAUACAAACCACCAAAAUUAUGUCAGAAGCUACAACAACCUCUCAAGUAGCUCAUAUAGAAAAUCUUGAUGAAUUAACUAAAGCAAAAAUGCUUAUGAUACCUCAGUCUGCCUUGGAGCAGCAGGAAGUUGUGAUAGCGGAAAGUGAACAAGAAAAUGAAAUACCAAAAAUAAGUUCAGCAAAAGCAGAUGCUUCAAUAGACUCAAUUGAGACAUACGAAACGAGUGAACAAGUUUCCCAAGCAGUUCCUGGUAUAUUCGAAACAACUUUCAAGCCACUAUCUAGUCAGGCUUCAGAAAAUAUAGUUAUAAACGAGAGUAUAACCGUUGAGGAGAUUAAUACGGGAAGUAUUUCAGCCAGUUUUAUAAAGGAAAAAACAUCCAUAUCACAAGCUGAUGUUUCUUUAUUGGAACAGGAAGCAUCUACUGUGACAGAAACUCAAUUUGAAAUCAAAGAGGGCACUUUUGAAGCAUCUGAACGACCGAAGGCAUCUAAGGCGGUUCCUAACUUCAGCAUCCAAAAAAGUGUAAACGUAGAAGAAGUUGUUGGCGCUGACACGGAAAAUCUGUAUAUACCUUCUAAAGCUAACUCAAUCAAACCUAAGAUCGAUAUAGAGUCAAACGAAUCUGUACAAGUUGAAGAAAUCAAUACUGAAAUCAAACCUGGCAAAUAUUUACCAGAGGCUUUUGUGCCAACGGAGGUAGCAUCAGAAAAAGUUAUACCACAGAGAAGUCUGAAUCAGACAGAACUGGUAGCUGACGAAGUAGAAGGUGACCUCUCAAUGCGUAGAUUGCCUACUGCUCAGAAGGCUGACAUUCAUCUGAGUAUGGAACAGGGAGUUAUAACAUAUCUGAGUGAUAUAAGAGUGAAAGAAGGUUCGCUAGAAAAGUUCAAUACUCAGGAAGAAAAAGCAUCCGAAUAUAUAACACUUUCGGAAGGUAUUUCCGUAACAUCUAUCGAAACACAACAACCACAAACAGAUCUCGUGGUGGAACGUACAGAUGAAAAGAAAGCAGCCAUCGUUAUAGCCCCUAAGGAAACAGUUAUUACCGAAACUAACACCAUAAUAGAAUCUGCGCAGCACUAUAAACCAUCUGAAAAAUCUGCAACAAAAACAGCGUCUAUUGAUAUAUCUUAUUUGGAGGCGAGUAGUGUAGGAAUCGUAGAUGUGCAAGAGUCAGAACAAGAUUUGAAAUUCGAAACAAAACCCACAUCAGUAGUUGCGAAUAAAAAUAUCAAACAAAUGGAAACUUUCGAAGUAUCUCAUGUACAAACAGUUGAAAUGCCCGAAGAAUUCGAGAAAGAAUUCCGUUUCAAACAAGACACGGCUCAGAAGAGAUUAGAUACAUAUGAAGCUACACACGUCAGUAUCACACAAUCGGAAGAAAGAGAAACCGAUUAUGCUGGAACAAAACCCAAAACAUUCUCUGCAGCUGCCGUAAUCGAUGAAACUGAUAUGCCAGUUGAGAUAAACCAAUCUCAUAUAAUGGAGAAAGAAAGUUCUAUGACUCCUUUCGAGUUUCCAGAUUCCCAAAAAGGUAAAUCUGCUCCUGUUCACAUGUUGUCCACUGGAAUAACAGAAGAAGUAACAACGGAGUAUCGAACUUCGCCUUUCGAUAAGGCCAAACUGGAAACAACUAAAGCUGAGCUCAGACAAAGUGUUUUGAAUGAAACAAUAAUAUCUGAAACACAGACAGCUGAGAGUUUAGGAUCUCAUAUUAUGGAAAAAACGCCGUUAGAAAAGACGGCAGAGGUCAAUAUAACACCAAUCAAAAGUUUAAAUGUCGAAGAAAUCAUAUCACAAAUGAAAGAAGAUAUAUUAUCUAUUAAAGAAUCUCCUGAGCCAUCCAAAGCCAUUACUGACAUAGAAUCGCAGCAAACUGCGAGUAGUUCUCUCGUUUAUUCACAUGAUACGAUUGGAAAAUUCGAGAGAGAAAAGCCGCAAUCCUUCCUUGCUGAAUUCCAAACACAAAACAUGGAAUCUUUGCAGGUAUUUGAACACGAAGUAGCAGAAAAAGAAUUGAAUGAAGUGGACUUGAACAAAGCACCCACGAAAAUGGCUUCAGUGGCCUUGAAUGAUGCACAAGAAAGUAUAAAUAUCACCGAAAUAUUGGCUGUAGAAAAGGAACAGGAAUAUGUGAAAGAAUCUCGACCAACAGAGCUCAAAGCACUUCCAAAUGUCACCCCACAUGGAAUAACUGUACAAUCAGAAAUCACCGAAUCUCUAUCGAAUGUAGGUACAAUUAUUGAUGAGGAAAUAAGGAAAAAGAAAGCCAAAAGAGUAACCAAACCGUUAGAGGAGCUCGUUGUAACAGAAACAAACUUGGUCGAUAUUGAAAAACAAUUGGAAGUAGAUGUCAUUCCAUCUCAAAAACAAGCAGCAAUCGAUAUUACACCAGAACAGGAGCUCACUGUCACGGAAACUAUUGCUUCAGAUGAAGUGCAGAAACUUAUUAGUGAAAAGCCGGAACGUUCGGUGGCAGAUAUGAAUAUAAGUGAAAAGUAUGUGGCACUCAAGGAAACUAUGAAUUCUGAAAUAUAUCCUGGAAUUUAUGAGCAGAAACACCCUGAACAGCAUUCUGCUUCUGAAAAUAUCGACUUAGUUUAUCACGUAACUGAAACUCAAUUCACUACUGGUGAGAAAGAAGGUGAAGCUGUAAAGGAUGAAGUGCCAGAGUGGAAGAGAGUCAACAUUGAUGUAAUCGAAAAUACUAGUGUCAAUAUAAGUCAAGAGCUGGCGUAUAAUAAAGAGAAAGAUCUCGACUCCCCCAUCUCUAUAAAAGAAUCGAAAUGUGAAACUACCAUGAGUACACAUCCUCUAGCGGUAACAUCUGAAACUCGGACAGAAGAAGUAACAAAAGAAUUCAUUUCCGAAAUACUGCCGCAGAAUAAAGCUUCUUCUGAUCACUUAACAUUCGAUAGUUUAAUAAGCAGUGAAACGAUAAUACAAGAGAAAGAGGGACUUUUUGAAAAAGAAACGCCUGCCCUGAAACUAGCAGAUAUGGAGUUUCAAUUAGGACAUCCCAUUUCUAUCACCACAGUUAUACAUGCAGAUAGAGAAAAGAGCUUUGAAGGAGAUUCUGUCGAUAAAUUUCAUGUGGACGCCACGAUAUUACCACAAGAAGUUAUUAUGACCAAAGAAACUACUGUCCAUGACAGCUUUUCAGAUUUUCAAAAGAAGGAACCUAAAUUCGUUUCAGCCACCAAGAGUGACAUAGUGCUACAGAGCUUAGUUCAAGAAGAAACUAUCACUGGGGAGUCUGAAACAUAUUUCAAACCUCAAGAGAAGGCAGAUGAGAAAAAAGCAACAGUGGAUGUUCAGGAAACAAGUGCACCCCUCGUUCACCAAAUUCUGGCAAAUGAACGAGAGGAAUUACAAGAAACGCAACUACAAAUGGAGACCAAAAAUGCGUCAAUAAGUAUCGAAUUACAGCCAGUAGCAAAUAUAGAAAUUGUAACAUCUGAAAGUGAUGUCGGGGAAAUGGUUCCUGAAAAAACAGAGUCUAAAAUGGCCAAUGUGGAUCAAUCAACUUUGGAGUAUUUAGUUUCAACGGAACCUUUAGUGCAUGAGAAUGAGGAAGAACUAAAAGAAGAAUUAACCCCUUCGAAAGAAGCCAGCUUGGGCAUCACAGAGAAGACCAGUGUUAUCAUUACAGAAGUACAAAUGCACCAAAGUGAACUUCCGCUCAAUAUUGAAGAUAAGGAGCAGAAACAAGCAGACACAAAAAUAAUUCCGAGAAAUAUCAUUGUACAGUCUGAGACAGCAGUCCACGAAGGUUUUAGUCCACUGAACAUUCACAAUCCAGAAAAUAAAACUGCAACGACUGAGCUAUCCACUCUCAACGUUGGAAUGGUAUCUGAAAUGAUGGUUAUUGAAACUGAAAAAGAACGUGAAGUUAUAAUACCGAAAAAGGAAAAUGCCAUGACUUCGUUAGAUGAAAAGAGACAUCUUAUAAUUGAGUCUUAUGAUACUAGCGAUAAGGAAACAAUAUUCGCAGAAAAACCAAAAGAACUGAAACUUGCACAGUCUAUCUUGGAAAAAUCUACACAUGUUGUAGCAUCGACUUACCAGUCUCAAACAAAUGAAACUUUGGCCGACCUAGAAAACAAAAACGAACAGAGCGUUUGUGCUUAUCAGUCAACUUUACCUAUUGAAACAAUAUCUCAAGAACUCGUGACAGUAAUCGACUCGGAAAAGGAGCUCAUCAGAGACAAGAUUCCAACGGCUGCUAAUGCGAACGAAAACAUUUGUCAAUUUGAGGGUAUUCAAAUAUCUCAAACGACAAGCAACUUCAAAGAAUCUGACUUCAAACCGUCUCAAUUACCUGAAGAAAAACAUGCCACACCCAAUCUGGAUAUCACCCAUAAAUUGGCAGAAAAGAGCACAGUUGAAACUAUUAACUAUGCGAAUAUAAUGACCGAAAAGAAACCUCAGGUACAGAGAGCAUCAACUAAAGAACACUCUUCUGAAGCUUUAGUCAUAACAGAACAAUUAGGACAAGAAACAGAAGUUCCUUUCAAAGGUAAAUUCGAACCUUUAACCAGUAAUGCACAAAUCGCGCUCGACGAAGAAAAACAGGCGCUUACUGUUUCGGAAUCUGCGGUACAAGAUAAAGAGGACACUUUUGAGGAAAUAAGUACACGAAAAACUGAAAAGGCUGAUUUCAAAUUCAUAACCCAGAUAGCACCAGAAAUCAAUCAGGUUACGACGCAGGAUACAAUAGGUGACUUCAAAAGUUCAUCUGAAAAAGAACAAAAGGCCGAUUUAGUUCCAGCAAUCUGUAGUGGAAUUACGCAAAUAGAAACCCAACCAGGAGAAAAAGAAUGUGAUUUCGAUGACAAAAUUAAAUUGGUAACUAAAUCAGCUCAAGUCAAGUUAGAAGAAGGAAGAGCUAUCACUUCUUCAGAAGUAUUUACAGUAGAGAUGCCAAAUGAAAUGGAUGAGAAGUUUCAACCUACAGAAGCGAAUGUGAAAGUUGAAUUAUCUGGUCAUAUUUCAAGAGAAACAACCGAAACUGUUAUAACACAGAAUAUCGAAGAACUGAUUUCCCAAAUUACUCCAUCCGUCAAUGCUAUUCGUGAAAACGAACCCCUCCACAGUAUAGAAAACUAUCAAUGUCUACCUUUGGAAACUCCUAAACAACAGAUCGAAGAAACAGUCGCUAUACAGAAGAAAGCCGAACGUAAGCUAGACAUUCUUUCGGAGGUUCAGGUAAAUCAGGUAGAAACUCAAGCACCUGUGAGGAAUAUUGAGGAUUUCCAAACGAAAGAGGAAAAUGCCUUGAAAACUAUUGAUCAAGUUAGUGCGUUACAAGAAUCAGAAAUAAUUGCCAAUGAAGGUCUCGCUGAUAUUCAACCUGAUAUUAAAUCGACAGAAAAAGUAAAUAUUUCUCAUAAUACCCUACAAAGUGUUUUACAAUCUGUCACUUCGGUUCAUGAAUCGGAAGAUACCUUGGACAUUUCCUCGAAAGAUGCCAAGUUUGCCGUGCCAGAAAUAGAUGAGGUGCGAUCAGUCAAUAUCGAGCAUACACUGAAAUAUGAAAAAGAAGGUAAAAUGACGGAUUUCUCUACUCAUGAUAAGCAAUACGCUGACGUAUCCAUUCCAAUGAGCGAUAUGUCAGUACCCAAAAAGAGUGAAGUUCAAGUACAAGAUACAAUAGGAGAAUUUGAAGAAACUGCACCAACGAUGAAAGCGGUCCAACUAUCCCAAGGAGAGCUUGAGAGCUUGAUAGUGACAGAAAGUAUCAUUCAAGAAACUGAAAAACCAUUCGAAACAGGUACCAUGUUGAAAAAAUAUCCUGAUAUUUCACUUCAUACAGGGAGACAUAUCACAACAACAGAAGUUAUUUCAGCGCAAAGUGAAUCAGACCUUAAAGUCGACGAAACUGAAACUAAACUAGCGGAAAAAGCAAUAAUACCUCAAAUAGCCAUGGAGAUAGCGCAACCAGAUAUAAAAGAAGCUCCAUCUUCCCUAGAAAUAGAAAAAUCUCAGGGUGUUUAUCCUAACGUAGAUCAGAUAGCAUACGAAAAUAUAGUUGUUUCAGAAACAUUAACUAAUGAAAAAGAGGAGAAACUAAUGGAAGGAUGGAAACCAGAAACCAAAUCUGCUACAGUUGAUUCAGGAAAAAUUACGAAUGAAUCAAUCAGUAUUCUGGAAAUCAGUUCACAUCAAUCUGAAAUUGAUUUAUAUGACUUCAAUCCAACCAGCAGAAAAGCUGACAUUCUCAUGGAUGAACAGUCGUACCUUCAACAAACGGAAACAAAAUUUUUCGAUACUCUAAGAGAACUGGAACAGAAAGCUUCAGAAGAGAAGGUUGCUGCAGUUACACAAAGCGACUUGCAAAGUAUACAAAUCUCAGAGCAAGUUAUACAAGAAAAGGAACAAAUGUUGACGGAGGAAAAAGUGACUACAAAGAAUGCCGUUCCGGGAUUCUCAGAAGCAGAUCAUAUAUCUGUUUUUGAAGUCCUUGUCAAUCAGAGUGAAAACGAACUUCAUACAGACGACAUAACUGCAUCAAAGAAAGCCGAAAGAAUCAUCGACAGUCAGGAGGCGAAGCAAGUUUCUGAGCCGAGUGUACAUGAUGCUAUUGCUGCUAUCACUCAAGAAGAUAUUCAAACAACGAAAGCUACUGAGGAACAUAUUCCUCUGUCCACUUUAUCAAUUUCAGAAGUUCUUGCAGUCGAAAAAGAAGAAUUAAAGGCACCGGACACUAUACCACAACCCCAGUCAGCGCAAAUAGGUAUGGAGCAUCCUCAAAAGUCUGCUAUUGUAUCAGAAACUAUUCCACGUGAAUCAGAGGAUGCUUUAGAAAUUUCAACUAACAAGUUGAAAGCUGACUUAUCUUUAAUUCAUCAAGAUAGUUUGUUACUAACAGAAGUGGAAUCUUAUGAUACGACCGAAGUAUUCAGUGACUCGAAACCAAAAUCUGUUGUAGCCUCUUCAACUCUAGAUAAUCAAGAAGGUGUUAUUGUUAUACAAUCAACUACAGAGGAAAAAGAAUCUGAACUUUUGAUUCCUGAAACGGAUAUGAAAGAAACUAACGUAUGCGUGCUUCAAGAAGAGCAUCUGAUUGUCACUGAAGUUGAAUCAUCUCACAAGGAAGAUAGUUUGAGUAUAACUCGGAACAAAGAGCAGCACGCUAUAAGGAAUUAUACUACACAGGAGGCAACCGAGAUAACUGAAGUGAAAUCACAAGAUGACCUCAAUAAGUUGAAUUUGAAUGAAUCCCAAAAACAGUCAGCCUUUAUAUCCCAAGACGAACACAAUAGUUUGACAAUUACAGAAAACAAAAGUGAAUUCAUCGAACAGCAUUUCACAGGAGCUGAAAUAACUCCGGAUCAAAAUGCUGUCAUUUCAAUGAUUCCAGAACAUCACAUCUCAAUAACCGAAAUCAUUUCCAAUCAGAAGGAACAAAUUCUUGAAUCUUCGAAUGAAACGAGUCAGAAGGCUGAUGGAGCUAUUAUUCCAUUUGAGGCGACAGAAAUUCUCGAAAUCAAACCUGAAGAUAUAUUCACUUCUUUGGAAAUAAAUGAACCGAAUGCAACACGAGUAGAUCAGAUACAUGAACCUCUAAAAAAUAUUUCUGUAACAGAAAUAAUUCCAAGCGAGAAGGAGAAGAUGAACGAAAAUAUUUCGAUAAUGAAAUCCCAAAAAGCUGAAAUAAUUUUUGAGUUGAAUGAAGGAACUUUGAACAUAUCGAAAAUAGAAGCAGAGGAAAGGGAAGCUGCUUUGACCACGACCAAGCCGAUCAAAAAUAAAGCGACCAGUUCAUUUAUCGAAAAAAAAUUAUCCUCGUGCAGUGAAACAAGUACUUUGGAUACAAUUACGCCUCUCGAGGAACUCGAACUGAAAGGGAUCCAUGCAUCAGGACAGUCCAUUCUUGCAGAAGGUAUAAUUGAAACCCAACCAGGUGUUCAAGGAACCACAAAGGAUAUAAAAGAGCCCAAAAUGCCAAGGGCUGAAGCCAACGUCAAUAUAAUAGAACAACGCAGUGUGACAAUAUUGGAAGUCAAUACCCAAGGACAAACAUCAGAAAAAGUAGAGGAAGUAAUCGCCAAAGAAUCCACUUUCCAGAAAGACAUCGAAAGUUUGCCGGUUGGAUUGAAAGAGGAAAAUAUUUCAUUGGUUGCACACGCGCCUAUCAGACCAGAUCAAAUUAAAUCCAAGACAGCUCAUAGGAUAUUGGACGAGGAACAUCAUGGAGUCAUUGUCACUGAUCAAAAUACCUCGGAAAAUUUCGAGGAAAUGAAAGAGGAUGAAAAACGCGAAAUAAGAAAAAAUUUAAGUGUUUCCUAUGGAAAACAAUCCAGUCUCACGGUCACUGAAAUUGUUCCACAAGAAAUUGAGGGUAAUUUGGUAGACGAAUCACAUGAUACAGUGAAAGUAAAUGUUACACAAACUAAAGCUCGAACAGACACUGCAGAAAAAUAUACUCCAUCAAUCAAUAUCGACACAUCAACAACAAAUGAAACACAUGAAAUAAUAACCACAUUCAAAAUUACACCUGGGGAGAGUGAACCAACAACAACAGUUACAAAACGGACAAUUAAAGUCGAAAAUGAUUCCGCCAUGAUAGUCGAUGAAAUUAUAGAUGAGCACAAUAACGUACUAAGAGAAAAGGAACAACAGGUACAUAUCGAGGAGGUUGAAGGUGAAUAUCCAUCAGUAGAAGAUACAAAAUUCAUUGUAGAAGAGGUUCAAGACUCGUGUACUGAAAAUUCAAAUGAACCGGCAGAUUUGCCAGACAUGAGGGUGAGUAUUGAAGAAGUAGAGUCGUAUCCGAAAGAGAAAGAAGGUGCAAAAACUACAAAAAUUAAGAAAAGAACAUUGAGCAGGACUACCCGGAAGGAUAAAGAACAAGAUAUUAAAAUUGUAUCAGCUGAAGAAAUUGAUAGGGAAAUUCAAAUGACGCGCGAGCAUGAGCCUAAGGUUAUAGUUGAGGAACCAAUAGUUGUCGAAGAACUUCCCGAUGAGGUAUGCGAAAUUGUUGAUGAUGAAGGUGUGAAACAUAAGAGAUUGAUCAAAAAGAAAAUCGUUAAGAAGAAACGAGGUGAUAAAUUGGACAAUACUGAAAUAACGACUACUGUGGAAGAUGGAAAAGAGCAAGUCUCUGAAGUAACAACAUUUGAAACCGCAGUUCCUAUUGAUUUCACGCCUAUCCUGGACACUAGCUCAGUAAUAGAAGAAAUACCAGAAGAAAUAAUGGUAACCGAACAGCCAGAUGAGACUGGAAGUGUGACGAAAAAAGUAAUUAGGAAGAAAACGAUCAAAACAAGAACGGAAGGAAAAGUUGAGAACACUCAUAUCACUACUGUUGAAGAAGUUGGAAAAGAACCACAAAGUACUAUUACUAUUGAAGUCGAAGAACCAAAGCUUAAGGAACCGAUAGUUAUAGAAGAACUACCAAAUGAGGUAUGCGAAACUGUAGAUGAUAAAGGUGUGAGACAUAAAAGAUUGAUCAAAAAGAAAAUCAUCAAAAAGAAACGAGGUGAUAAAUUGGAGAAUACUGAAAUAACGACUACUGUGGAAGAUGGGAAACAGCAAGUUUCUGAAGUCACGACAUUUGAAACCGCAGUUCCUAUUGAUUUCACGCCUAUCUUGGACACCAGUUCAGUAAUAGAAGAAAUACCAGAAGAAAUAAUUGUAACAGAACAGCCAGAUGAGACUGGAAUUGUGACGAAGAAAGUAAUAAGGAAGAAAACGAUCAAAACAAGAAAGGGAGGAAAAGUUGAAAACACCCAUAUUACAACUGUUGAAGAAGUUGGAAAAGAACCACAAAGUACUAUCACUAUUGAAGUAGAAGAACCAGAGCUGCAGGAACCAAUAGUGAUGGAAGAUCUACCGGAUGAGGUAUGCGAAACUGUAAAUGAUAAAGGUGUGAAACAUAAGAGAUUGAUCAAAAAGAAAAUCAUCAAAAAGAAACGAGGUGAUAAAUUGGAGAAUACUGAAAUAACGACCACUGUGGUAGAUGGGAAACAGCAAGUCUCUGAAGUCAAGACAUUUGAAACCGCAGUUCCUAUUGAUUUCACGCCUAUCUUGGACACCAGCUCAGUAAUAGAAGAAAUACCAGAAGAAAUAAUUGUAACAGAACAGCCUGAUGAGUCUGGAAUUGUGACAAAGAAAGUAAUAAGGAAGAAAACGAUCAAAACAAGAAAGGGAGGAAAAGUUGAAAACACCCAUAUUACAACUAUUGAAGAAGUUGGAAAAGAACCACAAAGUACUAUUACUAUUGAAGUUGAAGAACCAAAGCUGCAGGAACCGAUAGUAGUGGAAGAUCUACCGGAUGAGGUAUGCGAAACUGUAGAUGAUGAAGGUGUGAAACAUAAGAGAUUGAUCAAAAAGAAAAUCAUCAAAAAGAAACGAGGUGAUAAAUUGGAGAAUACUGAAAUAACGACCACUGUGGAAGAUGGAAAACAGCAAGUCUCUGAAGUAACGACAUUUGAAACCGCAGUUCCUAUUGAUUUCACGCCUAUCUUGGACACCAGCUCAGUAAUAGAAGAAAUACCAGAAGAAAUAGUUGUAACAGAACAGCCAGAUGAGACUGGAAUUGUGACGAAGAAAGUAAUAAGGAAGAAAACGAUCAAAACAAUAAAGGGAGGAAAAGUUGAAAACACCCAUAUUACAACUGUUGAAGAAGUUGGAAAAGAACCACAAAGUACUAUUACUAUUGAAGUUGAAGAACCAAAGCUGCAGGAACCGAUAGUAGUGGAAGAUCUACCGGAUGAGGUAUGCGAAACUGUAGAUGAUAAAGGUGUGAAACAUAAGAGAUUGAUCAAAAAGAAAAUCAUCAAAAAGAAACGAGGUGAUAAAUUGGAGAAUACUGAAAUAAUGACCACUGUGGAAGAUGGAAAACAGCAAGUCUCUGAAGUAACGACAUUUGAAACCGCAGUUCCUAUUGAUUUCACGCCUAUCUUGGACACCAGCUCAGUAAUAGAAGAAAUACCAGAAGAAAUAGUUGUAACAGAACAGCCAGAUGAGACUGGAAUUGUGACGAAGAAAGUAAUAAGGAAGAAAACGAUCAAAACAAUAAAGGGAGGAAAAGUUGAAAACACCCAUAUUACAACUGUUGAAGAAGUUGGAAAAGAACCACAAAGUACUAUAACUAUUGAAGUAGAAGAACCAAAGCUGCAGGAACCGAUAGUAGUGGAAGAUCUACCGGAUGAGGUAUGCGAAACUGUAGAUGAUAAAGGUGUUAAACAUAAGAGGUUGAUCAAAAAGAAAAUCAUCAAAAAGAAACGAGGUGAUAAAUUAGAGAAUACUGAAAUAACGACCACUGUGGUAGAUGGGAAACAGCAAGUCUCUGAAGUCAAGACAUUUGAAACCGCAGUUCCUAUUGAUUUCACGCCUAUCUUGGACACCAGCUCAGUAAUAGAAGAAAUACCAGAAGAAAUAAUUGUAACAGAACAGCCAGAUGAGACUGGAAUUGUGACGAAGAAAGUAAUAAGGAAGAAAACGAUCAAAACAAGAAAGGAAGGAAAAGUUGAAAACACCCAUAUUACAACUGUUGAAGAAAUUGGAAAAGAACCACAAAGUACUAUCACUAUUGAAGUAGAAGAACCAGAGCUGCAGGAACCAAUAGUGAUGGAAGAUCUACCGGAUGAGGUAUGCGAAACUGUAGAUGAUAAAGGUGUGAAACAUAAGAGAUUGAUCAAAAAGAAAAUCAUCAAAAAGAAACGAGGUGAUAAAUUGGAGAAUACUGAAAUAACAACCACUGUGGAAGAUGGAAAACAGCAAGUCUCUGAAGUAACGACUUUUGAAACCGCAGUUCCUAUUGAUUUCACGCCUAUCCUGGACACCAGCUCAGUAAUAGAAGAAAUACCAGAAGAAAUAAUUGUAACAGAACAGCCAGAUGAGACUGGAAUUGUGACGAAGAAAGUAAUAAGGAAGAAAACGAUCAAAACAAUAAAGGAAGGAAAAGUUGAAAACACCCAUAUUACAACUGUUGAAGAAGUUGGAAAAGAACCACAAAGUACUUUUACUAUUGAAGUAGAAGAACCAAAGAUGCAGGAACCGAUAGUAGUGGAAGAUCUACCGGAUGAGGUAUGCGAAACUGUAGAUGAUAAAGGUGUGAAACAUAAGAGAUUGAUCAAAAAGAAAAUCAUCAAAAAGAAACGAGGUGAUAAAUUGGAGAAUACUGAAAUAACGACCACUGUGGAAGAUGGAAAACAGCAAGUCUCUGAAGUAACGACAUUUGAAACCGCAGUUCCUAUUGAUUUCACGCCUAUCUUGGACACCAGCUCAGUAAUAGAAGAAAUACCAGAAGAAAUAGUUGUAACAGAACAGCCAGAUGAAACUGGAAUUGUGACGAAGAAAGUAAUAAGGAAGAAAACGAUCAAAACAACAAAGGGAGGAAAAGUUGAAAACACCCAUAUUACAACUGUUGAAGAAGUUGGAAAAGAACCACAAAGUACUAUUACUAUUGAAGUAGAAGAACCAAAGCUGCAGGAACCGAUAGUAGUGGAAGAUCUACCGGAUGAGGUAUGCGAAACUGUAGAUGAUAAAGGUGUGAAACAUAAGAGAUUGAUCAAAAAGAAAAUCAUCAAAAAGAAACGAGGUGAUAAAUUGGAGAAUACUGAAAUAACGACCACUGUGGAAGAUGGAAAACAGCAAGUCUCUGAAGUAACGACAUUUGAAACCGCAGUUCCUAUUGAUUUCACGCCUAUCUUGGACACCAGCUCAGUAAUAGAAGAAAUACCAGAAGAAAUAGUUGUAACAGAACAGCCAGAUGAGACUGGAAUUGUGACGAAGAAAGUAAUAAGGAAGAAAACGAUCAAAACAAUAAAGGAAGGAAAAGUUGAAAACACCCAUAUUACAACUGUUGAAGAAGUUGGAAAAGAACCACAAAGUACUUUUACUAUUGAAGUAGAAGAACCAAAGAUGCAGGAACCGAUAGUAGUGGAAGAUCUACCGGAUGAGGUAUGCGAAACUGUAGAUGAUAAAGGUGUGAAACAUAAGAGAUUGAUCAAAAAGAAAAUCAUCAAAAAGAAACGAGGUGAUAAAUUGGAGAAUACUGAAAUAACGACCACUGUGGAAGAUGGAAAACAGCAAGUCUCUGAAGUAACGACAUUUGAAACCGCAGUUCCUAUUGAUUUCACGCCUAUCUUGGACACCAGCUCAGUAAUAGAAGAAAUACCAGAAGAAAUAGUUGUAACAGAACAGCCAGAUGAGACUGGAAUUGUGACGAAGAAAGUAAUAAGGAAGAAAACGAUCAAAACAAUAAAGGGAGGAAAAGUUGAAAACACCCAUAUUACAACUGUUGAAGAAGUUGGAAAAGAACCACAAAGUACUAUUACUAUUGAAGUUGAAGAACCAAAGCUGCAGGAACCGAUAGUAGUGGAAGAUCUACCGGAUGAGGUAUGCGAAACUGUAGAUGAUAAAGGUGUGAAACAUAAGAGAUUGAUCAAAAAGAAAAUCAUCAAAAAGAAACGAGGUGAUAAAUUGGAGAAUACUGAAAUAAUGACCACUGUGGAAGAUGGAAAACAGCAAGUCUCUGAAGUAACGACAUUUGAAACCGCAGUUCCUAUUGAUUUCACGCCUAUCUUGGACACCAGCUCAGUAAUAGAAGAAAUACCAGAAGAAAUAGUUGUAACAGAACAGCCAGAUGAGACUGGAAUUGUGACGAAGAAAGUAAUAAGGAAGAAAACGAUCAAAACAAUAAAGGGAGGAAAAGUUGAAAACACCCAUAUUACAACUGUUGAAGAAGUUGGAAAAGAACCACAAAGUACUAUUACUAUUGAAGUUGAAGAACCAAAGCUGCAGGAACCGAUAGUAGUGGAAGAUCUACCGGAUGAGGUAUGCGAAACUGUAGAUGAUAAAGGUGUGAAACAUAAGAGAUUGAUCAAAAAGAAAAUCAUCAAAAAGAAACGAGGUGAUAAAUUGGAGAAUACUGAAAUAAUGACCACUGUGGAAGAUGGAAAACAGCAAGUCUCUGAAGUAACGACAUUUGAAACCGCAGUUCCUAUUGAUUUCACGCCUAUCUUGGACACCAGCUCAGUAAUAGAAGAAAUACCAGAAGAAAUAGUUGUAACAGAACAGCCAGAUGAGACUGGAAUUGUGACGAAGAAAGUAAUAAGGAAGAAAACGAUCAAAACAAUAAAGGGAGGAAAAGUUGAAAACACCCAUAUUACAACUGUUGAAGAAGUUGGAAAAGAACCACAAAGUACUAUUACUAUUGAAGUUGAAGAACCAAAGCUGCAGGAACCGAUAGUAGUGGAAGAUCUACCGGAUGAGGUAUGCGAAACUGUAGAUGAUAAAGGUGUGAAACAUAAGAGAUUGAUCAAAAAGAAAAUCAUCAAAAAGAAACGAGGUGAUAAAUUGGAGAAUACUGAAAUAAUGACCACUGUGGAAGAUGGAAAACAGCAAGUCUCUGAAGUAACGACAUUUGAAACCGCAGUUCCUAUUGACUUCACGCCUAUCUUGGACACCAGCUCAGUAAUAGAAGAAAUACCAGAAGAAAUAGUUGUAACAGAACAGCCAGAUGAGACUGGAAUUGUGACGAAGAAAGUAAUAAGGAAGAGAACGAUCAAAACAAUAAAGGGAGGAAAAGUUGAAAACACCCAUAUUACAACUGUUGAAGAAGUUGGAAAAGAACCACAAAGUUCUAUUACUAUUGAAGUAGAAGAACCAAAGCUGCAGGAACCGAUAGUAGUGGAAGAUCUACCGGAUGAGGUAUGCGAAACUGUAGAUGAUAAAGGUGUGAAACAUAAGAGAUUGAUCAAAAAGAAAAUCAUCAAAAAGAAACGAGGUGAUAAAUUGGAGAAUACUGAAAUAACGACCACUGUGGAAGAUGGAAAACAGCAAGUCUCUGAAGUAACGACAUUUGAAACCGCAGUUCCUAUUGAUUUCACGCCUAUCCUGGACACCAGCUCAGUAAUAGAAGAAAUACCAGAAGAAAUACUUGUAACAGAACAGCCAGAUGAGACUGGAAUUGUGACGAAGAAAGUAAUAAGGAAGAAAACGAUCAAAACAAUAAAGGAAGGAAAAGUUGAAAACACCCAUAUUACAACUGUUGAAGAAGUUGGAAAAGAACCACAAAGUACUUUUACUAUUGAAGUAGAAGAACCAAAGAUGCAGGAACCGAUAGUAGUGGAAGAUCUACCGGAUGAGGUAUGCGAAAAUGUCGAUAAUGACGGUGUAAAACAUAGAAAAGUAGGUAAAAAAAGGAUCAUCGAGAAAAAACUAGGGGAUGAAUUCGAAAACACUGUAAUAACUCAACUAGCGCCGUCCUCGAAACAUGAUGAACAACCUGUACAAAAAGUACCAACAUUCGUCACACAACCAGUUGAUUCUACAUCUGUCUACGAUACUUUCCCACAUUUAGGUAAGACACAAACAGAGGUUUCACAAGAUAUAUACACUCAAUCCAAACAACACAUUUUACACCAUCAAACAACGUUUCCAAACUUUUUAGAAUCCAGGGCAAAGGCAACUGAGAAAGGAAUAUCCGAAACAGCAAUUCCUGCAACAUAUACGAAGGAGGAAGUUUGUCCAAGAAUUAAAAAAAUUUCGGCUCCAUGUGAUCUUUUAGUGCAAACUCAACAAGAACUAACUCAUGUGGAAGAAUUACCUGAUAAAGUGACAGAAUCUGUCGACGAAAGUGGUGUUAAACAUAAGAAAACAAUAAAAAGGCGAGUCAUUAAGAAGAGAAAGGGUGAUAAGGUAGAACACACUGAGGUAACUUCUGUAGUUGAGGAUGGUAAACUGCCAAUUUCUGAAGUGAAAACUUUCGAAACACCAUUAUCUGAAGAUUUCACGCCAAAGCUAAUCGAAAGCUCGGUGAUUGAGGAAACACCAGAAGAGGUGACAGUUACUGAAAUUCCUGAUGAAACUGGAAAUAUCAGGAAGAAGGUUAUCAGAAACAGGGUCAUCAAAACACGCAAAGGCAACAAAGAAGAAAAAACCCAUAUAACGACCAUUGAGGAAGUAGGAAAAGAACCACAAAGUACUGUCACCAUUGAGCUUGUGGAGCCAACUCCUCUAGAACCCGCUUUAGUGGAAGAAUUACCUGAUGAAGUGACAGAAUCUGUCGACGAAAGUGGUGUUAAACAUAAGAAAACAAUAAAAAGGCGAGUCAUCAAGAAGAGAAAGGGUGAUAAGGUAGAACACACUGAGGUAACUUCUGUAGUUGAGGAUGGUAAACUGCCAAUUUCUGAAGUGAAAACUUUCGAAACACCAUUAUCUGAAGAUUUCACGCCAAAUCUAAUCGAAAGAUCGGUGAUUGAGGAAACACCAGAAGAGGUGACAUUUACUGAAAUUCCUGAUGAAACUGGAAAUAUCAGGAAGAAGGUUGUCAGAAAGAGGGUCAUCAAAACACGCAAAGGCAACAAAGAAGAAAAAACACAUAUAACGACCAUUGAGGAAGUAGGAAAAGAACCACAAAGUACUGUCACCAUUGAGCUUGUGGAGCCAACUCCUCUAGAACCCGCUUUAGUGGAAGAAUUACCUGAUGAAGUGACAGAAUCUGUCGACGAAAGUGGUGUUAAACAUAAGAAAACAAUAAAAAGGCGAGUCAUCAAGAAGAGAAAGGGUGAUAAGGUAGAACACACUGAGGUAACUUCUGUAGUUGAGGAUGGUAAACUGCCAAUUUCUGAAGUGAACACUUUCGAAACACCAUUAUCUGAAGAUUUCACGCCAAAGCUAAUCGAAAGCUCGGUGAUUGAGGAAACACCAGAAGAGGUGACAGUUACUGAAAUUCCUGAUGAAACUGGAAAUAUCAGGAAAAAGGUUGUCAGAAAGAGAGUCAUCAAAACACGCAAAGGCAACAAAGAAGAAAAAACACAUAUAACGACCAUUGAGGAAGUAGGAAAAGAACCACAAAGUACUGUCACCAUUGAACUUGUGGAGCCAACUCCUCUAGAACCCGCUUUAGUGGAAGAAUUACCUGAUGAAGUGACAGAAUCUGUCGACGAAAGUGGUGUUAAACAUAAGAAAACAAUAAAAAGGCGAGUCAUCAAGAAGAGAAAGGGUGAUAAGGUAGAACACACUGAGGUAACUUCUGUAGUUGAGGAUGGUAAACUGCCAAUUUCUGAAGUGAAAACUUUCGAAACACCAUUAUCUGAAGAUUUCACGCCAAAGCUUAUCGAAAGCUCGGUGAUUGAGGAAACACCAGAAGAGGUGACAGUUACUGAAAUUCCUGAUGAAACUGGAAAUAUCAGGAAAAAGGUUGUCAGAAAGAGAGUCAUCAAAACACGCAAAGGCAACAAAGAAGAAAAAACACAUAUAACGACCAUUGAGGAAGUAGGAAAAGAACCACAAAGUACUGUCACCAUUGAACUUGUGGAGCCAACUCCUCUAGAACCCGCUUUAGUGGAAGAAUUACCUGAUGAAGUGACAGAAUCUGUCGACGAAAGUGGUGUUAAACAUAAGAAAACAAUAAAAAGGCGAGUCAUCAAGAAGAGAAAGGGUGAUAAGGUAGAACACACUGAGGUAACUUCUGUAGUUGAGGAUGGUAAACUGCCAAUUUCUGAAGUGAAAACUUUCGAAACACCAUUAUCUGAAGAUUUCACGCCAAAGCUAAUCGAAAGCUCGGUGAUUGAGGAAACACCAGAAGAGGUGACAGUUACUGAAAUUCCUGAUGAAACUGGAAAUAUCAGGAAAAAGGUUGUCAGAAAGAGAGUCAUCAAAACACGCAAAGGCAACAAAGAAGAAAAAACACAUAUAACGACCAUUGAGGAAGUAGGAAAAGAACCACAAAGUACUGUCACCAUUGAGCUUGUGGAGCCAACUCCUCUAGAACCCGCUUUAGUGGAAGAAUUACCUGAUGAAGUGACAGAAUCUGUCGACGAAAGUGGUGUUAAACAUAAGAAAACAAUAAAAAGGCGAGUCAUCAAGAAGAGAAAGGGUGAUAAGGUAGAACACACUGAGGUAACUUCUGUAGUUGAGAAUGGUAAACUGCCAAUUUCUGAAGUGAAAACUUUCGAAACACCAUUAUCUGAAGAGUUCACGACAAAACUAAUCGAAAGCUCGGUGAUUGAGGAAACACCAGAAGAGGUGACAGUUACUGAAAUUCCUGAUGAAACUGGAAAUAUCAGGAAGAAGGUUGUCAGAAAGAGGGUGAUCAGAACACGCAAAGGCAACAAAGAAGAAAAAACACAUAUAACGACCAUUGAAGAAGUGGGCAAAGAACCACAAAGUACUGUCACCAUUGAGCUUGUGGAGCCAUCUCCUCUAGAACCCGCUUUAGUGGAAGAAUUACCUGAUGAAGUGACAGAAUCUGUCGAUGAAAGUGGUGUUAAACAUAAGAAAACAAUAAAAAGGCGAGUCAUCAAGAAGAGAAAAGGUGAUAAGGUAGAACACACUGAGGUAACUUCUGUAGUUGAGGAUUGUAAACUGCCAAUUUCUGAAGUGAAAACUUUCGAAACACCAUUCUCUGAAGAUUUCACGCCAAAACUAAUCGAAAGCUCGGUGAUUGAGGAAACACCAGAAGAGGUGACAGUUACUGAAAUUCCUGAUGAAACUGGAAAUAUCAGGAAAAAGGUUGUCAGAAAGAGAGUCAUCAAAACACGCAAAGGCAACAAAGAAGAAAAAACACAUAUAACGACCAUUGAAGAAGUGGGCAAAGAACCACAAAGUACUGUCACCAUUGAGCUUGUGGAGCCAACACCUCUAGAACCCGCUUUAGUGGAAGAAUUACCUGAUGAAGUGACAGAAUCUGUCGACGAAAGUGGUGUUAAACAUAAGAAAACAAUAAAAAGGCGAGUCAUCAAGAAGAGAAAGGGUGAUAAGGUAGAACACACUGAGGUAACUUCUGUAGUUGAGGAUGGUAAACUGCCAAUUUCUGAAGUGAAAACUUUCGAAACACCAUUAUCUGAAGAUUUCACGCCAAAGCUUAUCGAAAGCUCGGUGAUUGAGGAAACACCAGAAGAAGUGACAGUUACUGAAAUUCCUGAUGAAACUGGAAAUAUCAGGAAGAAGGUUAUCAGAAAGAGGGUCAUCAAAACACGCAAAGGCAACAAAGAAGAAAAAACGCAUAUAACGACCAUUGAGGAAGUAGGAAAAGAACCACAAAGUACUGUCACCAUUGAGCUUGUGGAGCCAACUCCUCUAGAACCCGCUUUAGUGGAAGAAUUACCUGAUGAAGUGACAGAAUCUAUCGACGAAAGUGGUGUUAAACAUAAGAAAACAAUAAAAAGGCGAGUCAUCAAGAAGAGAAAGGGUGAUAAGGUAGAACACACUGAGGUAACUUCUGUAGUUGAGGAUGGUAAACUGCCAAUUUCUGAAGUGAAAACUUUCGAAACACCAUUAUCUGAAGAUUUCACGCCAAAGCCUAUCGAAAGCUCGGUGAUUGAGGAAACACCAGAAGAGGUUACAGUUACUGAAAUUCCUGAUGAAACUGGAAAUAUCAGGAAGAAGGUUAUCAGAAAGAGGGUCAUCAAAACACGCAAAGGCAACAAAGAAGAAAAAACACAUAUAACGAACAUUGAAGAAGUGGGCAAAGAACCACAAAGUACUGUCACCAUUGAGCUUGUGGAGCCAACUCCUCUAGAACCCGCUUUAGUGGAAGAAUUACCUGAUGAAGUGACAGAAUCUGUCGACGAAAGUGGUGUUAAACAUAAGAAAACAAUAAAAAGGCGAGUCAUCAAGAAGAGAAAGGGUGAUAAGGUAGAACACACUGAGGUAACUUCUGUAGUUGAGGAUGGUAAACUGCCAAUUUCUGAAGUGAAAACUUUCGAAACACCAUUAUCUGAAGAUUUCACGCCAAAGCUUAUCGAAAGCUCGGUGAUUGAGGAAACACCAGAAGAGGUGACAGUUACUGAAAUUCCUGAUGAAACUGGAAAUAUCAGGAAGAAGGUUAUCAGAAAGAGGGUCAUCAAAACACGCAAAGGCAACAAAGAAGAAAUAACACAUAUAACGACCAUUGAGGAAGUAGGAAAAGAACCACAAAGUACUGUCGCCAUUGAGCUUGUGGAGCCAACUCCUCUAGAACCCGCUUUAGUGGAAGAAUUACCUGAUGAAGUGACAGAAUCUGUCGACGAAAGUGGUGUUAAACAUAAGAAAACAAUAAAAAGGCGAGUCAUCAAGAAGAGAAAGGGUGAUAAGGUAGAACACACUGAGGUAACUUCUGUAGUUGAGGAUGGUAAACUGCCAAUUUCUGAAGUGAAAACUUUCGAAACACCAUUAUCUGAAGAUUUCACGCCAAAGCUUAUCGAAAGCUCGGUGAUUGAGGAAACACCAGAAGAGGUGACAGUUACUGAAAUUCCUGAUGAAACUGGAAAUAUCAGGAAGAAGGUUAUCAGAAAGAGGGUCAUCAAAACACGCAAAGGCAACAAAGAAGAAAAAACACAUAUAACGACCAUUGAAGAAGUGGGCAAAGAACCACAAAGUACUGUCACCAUUGAACUUGUGGAGCCAACUCCUCUAGAACCCGCUUUAGUGGAAGAAUUACCUGAUGAAGUGACAGAAUCUGUCGACGAAAGUGGUGUUAAACAUAAGAAAACAAUAAAAAGGCGAGUCAUCAAGAAGAGAAAGGGUGAUAAGGUAGAACACACUGAGGUAACUUCUAUAGUUGAGGAUGGUAAACUGCCAAUUUCUGAAGUGAAAACUUUCGAAACACCAUUAUCUGAAGAUUUCACGCCAGAGCUUAUCGAAAGCUCGGUGAUUGAGGAAACACCAGAAGAGGUGACAGUUACUGAAAUUCCUGAUGAAACUGGAAAUAUCAGGAAGAAGGUUAUCAGAAAGAGGGUCAUCAAAACACGCAAAGGCAACAAAGAAGAAAUAACACAUAUAACGACCAUUGAGGAAGUAGGAAAAGAACCACAAAGUACUGUCGCCAUUGAGCUUGUGGAGCCAACUCCUCUAGAACCCGCUUUAGUGGAAGAAUUACCUGAUGAAGUGACAGAAUCUGUCGACGAAAGUGGUGUUAAACAUAAGAAAACAAUAAAAAGGCGAGUCAUCAAGAAGAGAAAGGGUGAUAAGGUAGAACACACUGAGGUAACUUCUGUAGUUGAGGAUGGUAAACUGCCAAUUUCUGAAGUGAAAACUUUCGAAACACCAUUAUCUGAAGAUUUCACGCCAAAGCUUAUCGAAAGCUCGGUGAUUGAGGAAACACCAGAAGAGGUGACAGUUACUGAAAUUCCUGAUGAAACUGGAAAUAUCAGGAAGAAGGUUAUCAGAAAGAGGUUCAUCAAAACACGCAAAGGCAACAAAGAAGAAAUAACACAUAUAACGACCAUUGAGGAAGUAGGAAAAGAACCACAAAGUACUGUCGCCAUUGAGCUUGUGGAGCCAACUCCUCUAGAACCCGCUUUAGUGGAAGAAUUACCUGAUGAAGUGACAGAAUCUGUCGACGAAAGUGGUGUUAAACAUAAGAAAACAAUAAAAAGGCGAGUCAUCAAGAAGAGAAAGGGUGAUAAGGUAGAACACACUGAGGUAACUUCUGUAGUUGAGGAUGGUAAACUGCCAAUUUCUGAAGUGAAAACUUUCGAAACACCAUUAUCUGAAGAUUUCACGCCGAAACUAAUCGAAAGCUCGGUGAUUGAGGAAACACCAGAAGAGGUGACAGUUACUGAAAUUCCUGAUGAAACUGGAAAUAUCAGGAAGAAGGUUGUCAGAAAGAGAGUCAUCAAAACACGCAAAGGCAACAAAGAAGAAAAAACACAUAUAACGACCAUUGAGGAAGUAGGAAAAGAACCACAAAGUACUGUCACCAUUGAGCUUGUGGAGCCAACUCCUCUAGAACCCGCUUUAGUGGAAGAAUUACCUGAUGAAGUGACAGAAUCUUUCGACGAAAGUGGUGUUAAACAUAAGAAAACAAUAAAAAGGCGAGUCAUCAAGAAGAGAAAGGGUGAUAAGGUAGAACACACUGAGGUAACUUCUGUAGUUGAGGAUGGUAAACUGCCAAUUUCUGAAGUGAAAACUUUCGAAACACCAUUAUCUGAAGAUUUCCCGCCGAAACUAAUCGAAAGCUCGGUGAUUGAGGAAACACCAGAAGAAGUGACAGUUACUGAAAUUCCUGAUGAAACUGGAAAUAUCAGGAAGAAGGUUAUCAGAAAGAGGGUCAUCAAAACACGCAAAGGCAACAAAGAAGAAAAAACACAUAUAACGACCAUUGAAGAAGUGGGCAAAGAACCACAAAGUACUGUCACCAUUGAGCUUGUGGAGCCAACUCCUCUAGAAUCCGCUUUAGUGGAAGAAUUACCUGAUGAAGUGACAGAAUCUGUCGACGAAAGUGGUGUUAAACAUAAGAAAACAAUAAAAAGGCGAGUCAUCAAGAAGAGAAAGGGUGAUAAGGUAGAACACACUGAGGUAACUUCUGUAGUUGAGGAUGGUAAACUGCCAAUUUCUGAAGUGAAAACUUUCGAAACACCAUUAUCUGAAGAUUUCACGCCAAAACUAAUCGAAAGCUCGGUAAUUGAGGAAACACCAGAAGAGGUGACAGUUACUGAAAUUCCUGAUGAAACUGGAAAUAUCAGGAAGAAGGUUAUCAGAAAGAGGGUCAUCAAAACACGCAAAGGCAACAAAGAAGAAAAAACACAUAUAACGACCAUUGAAGAAGUGGGCAAAGAACCACAAAGUACUGUCACCAUUGAGCUUGUGGAGCCAACUCCUCUAGAAUCCGCUUUAGUGGAAGAAUUACCUGAUGAAGUGACAGAAUCUGUCGACGAAAGUGGUGUUAAACAUAAGAAAACAAUAAAAAGGCGAGUCAUCAAGAAGAGAAAGGGUGAUAAGGUAGAACACACUGAGGUAACUUCUGUAGUUGAGGAUGGUAAACUGCCAAUUUCUGAAGUGAAAACUUUCGAAACACCAUUCUCUGAAGAUUUCACGCCAAAACUAAUCGAAAGCUCGGUAAUUGAGGAAACACCAGAAGAGGUGACAGUUACUGAAAUUCCUGAUGAAACUGGAAAUAUCAGGAAGAAGGUUGUCAGAAAGAGAGUCAUCAAAACACGCAAAGGCAACAAAGAAGAAAAAACACAUAUAACGACCAUUGAGGAAGUAGGAAAAGAACCACAAAGUACUGUCACCUUUGAGCUUGUGGAGCCAACUCCUCUAGAACCCGCUUUAGUGGAAGAAUUACCUGAUGAAGUGACAGAAUCUGUCGACGAAAGUGGUGUUAAACUUAAGAAAACAAUAAAAAGGCGAGUCAUCAAGAAGAGAAAGGGUGAUAAGGUAGAACACACUGAGGUAACUUCUGUAGUUGAGGAUGGUAAACUGCCAAUUUCUGAAGUGGAAACUUUCGAAUCACCAUUAUCUGAAGAUUUCCCGCCGAAACUAAUCGAAAGCUCGGUGAUUGAGGAAACACCAGAAGAAGUGACAGUUACUGAAAUUCCUGAUGAAACUGGAAAUAUCAGGAAAAAGGUUGUCAGAAAGAGAGUCAUCAAAACACGCAAAGGCAACAAAGAAGAAAAAACACAUAUAACGACCAUUGAAGAAGUGGGCAAAGAACCACAAAGUACUGUCACCAUUGAGCUUGUGGAGCCAACUCCUCUAGAACCCGCUUUAGUGGAAGAAUUACCUGAUGAAGUGACAGAAUCUGUCGACGAAAGUGGUGUUAAACAUAAGAAAACAAUAAAAAGGCGAGUCAUCAAGAAGAGAAAGGGUGAUAAGGUAGAACACACUGAGGUAACUUCUGUAGUUGAGGAUGGUAAACUGCCAAUUUCUGAAGUGAAAACUUUCGAAACACCAUUCUCUGAAGAUUUCACGCCAAAGCUAAUCGAAAGCUCGGUGAUUGAGGAAACACCAGAAGAGGUGACAGUUACUGAAAUUCCUGAUGAAACUGGAAAUAUCAGGAAAAAGGUUGUCAGAAAGAGAGUCAUCAAAACACGCAAAGGCAACAAAGAAGAAAACACACAUAUAACGACCAUUGAGGAAGUAGGAAAAGAACCACAAAGUACUGUCACCAUUGAGCUUGUGGAGCCAUCUCCUCUAGAACCCGCAUUAGUGGAAGAAUUACCUGAUGAAGUGACAGAAUCUGUCGACGAAAGUGGUGUUAAACAUAAGAAAACAAUAAAAAGGCGAGUCAUCAAGAAGAGAAAGGGUGAUAAGGUAGAACACACUGAGGUGACUUCUGUAGUUGAGGAUGGUAAACUGCCAAUUUCUGAAGUGAAAACUUUCGAAACACCAUUAUCUGAAGAUUUCACGCCAAAGCUAAUCGAAAGCUCGGUGAUUGAGGAAACACCAGAAGAGGUGACAGUUACUGAAAUUCCUGAUGAAACUGGAAAUAUCAAGAAGAAGGUUAUCAGAAAGAGGGUCAUCAAAACACGCAAAGGCAACAAAGAAGAAAAAACACAUAUAACGACCAUUGAAGAAGUGGGCAAAGAACCACAAAGUACUGUCACCAUUGAGCUUGUGGAGCCAACUCCUCUAGAACCCGCUUUAGUGGAAGAAUUACCUGUUGAAGUGACAGAAUCUGUCGACGAAAGUGGUGUUAAACAUAAGAAAACAAUAAAAAGGCGAGUCAUCAAGAAGAGAAAGGGUGAUAAGGUAGAACACACUGAGGUAACUUCUGUAGUUGAGGAUGGUAAACUGCCAAUUUCUGAAGUGAAAACUUUCGAAACACCAUUAUCUGAAGAUUUCACGCCAAAGCUAAUCGAAAGCUCGGUGAUUGAGGAAACACCAGAAGAGGUGACAGUUACUGAAAUUCCUGAUGAAACUGGAAAUAUCAGGAAAAAGGUUGUCAGAAAGAGAGUCAUCAAAACACGCAAAGGCAACAAAGAAGAAAAAACACAUAUAACGACCAUUGAAGAAGUGGGCAAAGAACCACAAAGUACUGUCACCAUUGAGCUUGUGGAGCCAACUCCUCUAGAACCCGCUUUAGUGGAAGAAUUACCUGAUGAAGUGACAGAAUCUGUCGACGAAAGUGGUGUUAAACAUAAGAAAACAAUAAAAAGGCGAGUCGUCAAGAAGAGAAAGGGUGAUAAGGUAGAACACACUGAGGUAACUUCUGUAGUAGAGGAUGGUAAACUGCCAAUUUCUGAAGUGAAAACAUUCGAAACACCAUUCUCUGAAGAUUUCACGCCAAAACUAAUCGAAAGCUCGGUGAUUGAGGAAACACCAGAAGAGGUGACAGUUACUGAAAUUCCUGAUGAAACUGGAAAUAUCAGGAAAAAGGUUGUCAGAAAGAGAGUCAUCAAAACACGCAAAGGCAACAAAGAAGAAAAAACACAUAUAACGACCAUUGAGGAAGUAGGAAAAGAACCACAAAGUACUGUCACCAUUGAGCUUGUGGAGCCAUCUCCUUCAGAACCCGCUUUAGUGGAAGAAAUACCUGAUGAAGUGACAGAAUCUGUCGACGAAAGUGGUGUUAAACAUAAGAAAACAAUUAAAAGGCGAGUCAUCAAGAAGAGAAAGGGUGAUAGGGUAGAACACACUGAGGUAACUUCUGUAGUUGAGGAUGGUAAACUGCCAAUUUCUGAAGUGAAAACUUUCGAAGCAGCAUUAACUGAAGAUUUUACGCCAAAAACAAUCAGUAGUUCGGAAACACCAGAAGAUGUGACAGUUACUGAAAUUCCUGAUGAAACUGGAAAUGUCGGAAAGAAAAUAAUCAAAAAGAAAAUCAUUGAAACACGAAAAGGCAGCAAAGAAGAGAGGACGCAGAUUACAACUAUCGAGGAAGUUGGAAAAGAACCACAAAGUAAUGUAACCGUUGAGCUUGUUGAACCAACUCUCACUAAAUCGAUCGAGGAUAUCGCUGAUAGGUACAAAGAGGACAAUCAGAAGAGAAAAGAUGAUGAAGCAAAUAGUGUGUCUGCUCCAGAUAAUGAAGGCGAAUAUUUCGGUAAAAUGGAACCACUUCUUCUACCCGUUUCCAAUUAUGUUGACAGUUCCCAAAAAUCAUCAGAAUCUACACACACAAAUUAUACUCAUCCAUUCACAAGUACGACAAAACCACAAACACAUGACACUCUAGAGCAAAUAAAAACAGCUGACAACAAAGAUGAAAGAAACGAAUUCACGACCGAAAUAUUGGAUGAACCGCAAAAAGAAUCCAUUCUUUUUGUUCCCACUCUUCAGAAAAAGGAUGAACCAACUGAUUCAACAGAAGUUGUAAAAAUGAUAGAGGUAGAAAUACUCAAGAAGGCACUUUCUCAUGAUCUUCCGGAGGACAAAUCUAAUCAAAAAGAAGGUAGGAAAAGGCCAAAAGGACAAAAAGUCAAAAUCCAAUCUCCAUCGGAAUCGAUUUCAGAAGUGUCUGUUGAAAUUCCAGAUGUACUUUCAGUAAGUGGAUCUGAACCGGAAGAAUCAAGAGAAAAUGUGUCUGAAAUGAGACCAAAACAACAUGAAGAAACUGAGACAAAUCUUCAAAUAGAAGAGACAAAAAAACCAAUUCCUAAAACCUCCGAAUUAUCUAAACCAAAAUUGCAAAAAUCAACAAUCGAAAGGAAACAGACUAUUACUCAGAAGUUGGCAAUAUCUGGAGCCCCAGAGACCUUGAAAGGUAUUAAGCUGAAACCAUCAAGUAGAAAGAUUUCAGAGGAUAAACAACAACCCAAAUUCCCGAAAAUAAUGCUCAAAAGUAGAGUUAGAUUUCAUGAUUUUCCACCUCAAAAUGAGACAUAUCAGAAGCCCAGUAUAACAGUUUGUGAACCUGUUAGCAAAUCGAAGGGAGUGUUAUCGAGAAAUAUAAAGGAAGCAGAAAAAAUACCGAAGACAAAACCAAGAAAAUUGAAAAAAAUCGAUGAUGAGUUGAAAAAACUGGAGAGCCUGGAUAUGGAAUUUGAGGACCUCAAGAAGAAUGAUUUGGAACAGGUAGAAGAUGCCUAUAGAAAACCAAUUCAUGAGAAGAAACCCAAAAAGAAAAAUUCGCUCGCAGAAAUUGCUCUGGGGGUGGGAAAGAUGCCGGAAAAAGAAAGUGUUGAGUCAAUUUUGCUGAAAGGUAUCUCCAAGGAAACAAAACCGGAAAGUAUACAAUCGAUUUCAGAAAUCGAUGUAUCCGCUGACUAUUUGGAGGCUUCAGAAAUCACUUUGAGAGAUUUUAAAUCCGAUCUGAAUUUAAUGCCACAUUCAUUCGAGAUACAUGAAAACGACGAGAAAGAAGAUAAAUCUGACGAAAGUACGUAUACAACGCCAGUGACCCGCGAACCGAUCCAAGAAUAUUCUGUAACAGGAGCCGUACAUCCGAAAACAAUGGAACCUGCACAAACCUAUCAGGCAAAACCUGAAGAAACCACCGACCAACAAACUGAAAUCCCAAAAAAAGGAAAAUUGAAGAAGAUACCAGAUGAAAAAGAAGAACGCAUACUUAAGCCAAUACAAAAACCCCAAGAGAAAGGUGAUAUACAAACAAUCAAAGAAGAGCAGAUUCUCAGAGAAAAAUCAACAGCGAAAGAAAUCAUCAUUCCUGAUAUUGAAAAGGGUGCCCAACUUACAGACGCACCUCAGAAGCCAAAGAAAAAAGGUACUAAAAAGAAAAUAACUUCUGAAACUGAUCAUUCAAAAUUGGAAGACUCUCUGCCUGAAAUUGAAAAUGAUAAAAUCAUAUCACCGCUUCCAACAGAACCUUUAUUCGAAGAGACUAAGGAAGGAGUCAGUAUAUUAGAAGACACCAAACCUAUGCUAUCUCAUGUAGAAACAAUUGAAAUGGAGGAAGUCAUUCAGGAACCUGUAGAAUUAGCUCCAGCGCUUUCAGAAGAAGUAGUUGAGCAGAAGAAGAAAAAUAAAAUAAAAUCCCAAACCCAAGAAUUAGUGCACCAAAUUUCAGUUCCAACAGGCGGUUUUGAUGAAUCAGAACCACUCGAAGCACAUGACAUUCCUUUGGUUGAAGUCGAGACUAAAACCAACGAGGAGCCAACAGAGAGGCCUUACCCUGAAGAUGAAGUACUCGUAAAAGAUUACCCAAUUGAUGAAAAAGCUACUAAAAUGAAAGAAUUACCAACGAAAGUUUCAAAAACAGAUCAAAAGUUGAAACCAGAUGGAAAGUUGCCUAAAAAGGUUCCGAUCAAAUCCGAUCGUCCAAUUAUACCUCGACUGAAAAGUCGUAUACGUCAUAUUCAGUUUCCACCUGAUUUGGAAAAAGAAAAGAAACCUGUCCUGAAAUUGUUAGAACCGCCAAUAAAAGAUGCAGGCAUAUUAUCAAGAACGAUAGCAGAAGCUAAUAAAAUCCCCAAGAAAAAGAAAAAACCAAAGAAAGAUGAGUCUAUCGAGAAAUUGGAACAACUCGACAAGGAAAUGGAAAAUUUGAAACAAGAACUCAAGUUAGAAGAGGUGAAUGAGGAAUACAGAAAGAAACCAGAAAAGCCUGAGAAGCCAAGAAAGGAACUUCCCAAGCCCACAAGAAUAGAAUGGAGAUCUGUAUUACCUACAAAGAUGGCGAUAACAGAGGUGACAGAAAAGCCAUUUAAUUUAACUGAUAUCAAACUGAGAAAAACGUCCAUUGUUAAACCGAAAGAAGCAAAACCAGUAAAACCUCCGAAAGUUCUUCUUAAGAGUAGAAUACAGUACUUGAAAUUCCCACCAGAUUUAGAGGCCGAAAAGCACCCUUCUAUAAAAAUAUUAGAGCCUAUUGAAAUUCAGAAUGGAGUUUUGUCUCACAAUCACGAAGAAGCAAUGAAGAAAUUGAAGAUGAAAAAAAGAAAACUGAAAGAUUCGGGCGAGCCAACGACAUCUCUAGAAGAACUCGAUCUUGAAAUGGAUGAAUUGAAGAAGAAGGAAUUAGAAGAAGUUGAUGAAGAAUAUCAUGUCUUCAAAAGAAAACCUAAAGAGAAGACUAAAGAAACUGUGACACCUGCGGUCACCUUAAAAUUGGGAAAGGGUAAGGUACCUGAGAGACCAGAGGAAUCUGAAGAAGUUGUCACUUUGAAGAAAACGAAGAAAACAACAGAAACUUCAUCUAUUACUGAAGAAACCCUUCCUCGCCCUCAAAAACCUAGUGAAACCACUAUCACUGCAAAAAUUCCUACUACCAAACAAAAGCUCGCACCGUUGGAUUCAACUGAAUUCGACAGAACUGAAUUAGAUUUGGAAAAAUACGUCCCGGCAGGUCCAGAAUCUCCUGAAGAAAAAUCUUCUGAGGAGCCUAAAUCGAAAUACCAACGGAAAUUGAAGAGUGCCCCGUCUCCAGAAAUAGUUUCAAUACCACUUGAAAAGGGAACUCCUAAGCCUGCUGAAAUAACAGAAGAAGAUGAUGUUACAUUCAGAAUUCCAGGAAGAAAUAUUCCAGAUGAGGAACCUUCAAACAUAACUUUGAAACCUUUCAAAAAAUCAGAAGAUGACGAUAAGAAUACAUUCCUUUCAAUGGAUAUUGAAAAACCACAGCUUACUUCCGAACAAGAAUACAAAGAACCUGUAAUCGAGAUUUUAGAAAAGGAAAAAUCCCCAGAAACUAGAAAAUCUCCAGAAAAAAACGCUGAAGAUGACGAGGUGAAAGUGAAGAAACCGAAAACGAAGAAGAUUAAAAUAAAGGAUAAAGCAGUACCUUCAACAGUGGAAAAUGUUCCCGAGUGUACGCAGGAAGAACGCCCUCUAGAAAUCACCCCUAAGGAACAGUCUCAGCCUGAAGAAGUAUCUGUGGAAUUACUUAAUGAGGAAGUACUCCCCAUGGCAGAACGAUCAGUUGAAUUGGCAGACGCAGACAAAGUAAAACCAGAAGAAAUCACCAAUGAACAGUAUCAAAUCGAGAAGAAAACGAAGAAGAUCGUUAAAAAAUCCAGAAAAAUCCCAGAGUCGUCAGAAACAGUUGUUGUAGAAAUGAUUCCUGAUGAAGGCGAAGAAGUAGAAUCAGAAAAUUCAGAACCGAAGAAGACUGAACCACUUCCAGAUGAACCGUCGGAAAUCACUGUCGAUGAAACAAUUUGUAGAAGAAAGAAAAUUAAACCACAGGAACCAAGUACUGAUGAAUCAACUGAAGAAAUAACCAUCACCAACAAAAUUAUGACAAAGAAACACGCACAAAAGGAUGAUGAAGUUUCCUCCGAGUUCGUACUGAAAAAACCUCGAGAUAAUACAAAAGAAUCCAUAACUGAAGAAGUUGAAACAACCAUAACAAGAAGGAAGAAACAGCCAACAGCCCCAGAAGAUGCUCAAGCGGAAUUGAAAAUUAAAAAACUGGAACCACAAGAUACGAAAGCCGAAGUUUCAGAGACUCCUGCACAAGAGCUAGUGAAAUCUCCAGAUGUGAAACUUGAAGAAUCUACAGAAGACAUCACCAUCAGUAAAAAGAUAACGAAGAAAAUGCCGGUGCAAAACGAAGAUGAAGUGUCUACCCGACUGAUAUCACAUAAACCUCAAGAUGAUCAAAACGAAUAUAUCACUGAAGAAGUGGAAAAAACCAUAAUCAAAAAGAAGAAAAAACCAAAAACUCGUGAUGAUGGUGACGUGAAGGCAGAUUUACAAAUCAAAAAAGAAGUUCCAGAAGAAAUUAAGGAAUCAGUUACAGAAACUAUUGCGAAAGAGCCCUCUAAGAAGAAACCUGAAGAAACGUCUGAAGACUUCACCAUCACCAAACGAAUAACGAAAAAGGAGCCUGUGCAGGAGGAUGACGGGGUUUCGGCAGAUUUCGUUCUUCGGAAACCUAGAAAUGAUGAAGAUAAAUCAAUAACUGACGAAAUUCAGACGACAAUAAUUAGAAAAAAGAAGAAACCAAAAACUACAGACGAAGCAGAGGCAGAAUUGCAUAUUGAGAAAUUCAUAGAAAAACCUUCUGAAGAGGAACCGGAAGAAACAACUCAAGAAAUCACUAUCACCAAAAGAAUUGGUAAAAAGAAACCUCAGCCAGAAACUGAUGAAACUGCAGCAGAAUUCGUUUUGAAGAAACCUCGAGAAUAUGAAACAGAAAGCAUUACUGAAGACGUGGAGACAACAAUUAAAAGAAAGAAGAAAAAACCAACAACUAUUGAUACAGCUGAAGCUGAACUACAUAUCGAGAAAAUCGAAGAAAUAGAAGAAGAAAGUGAAAAGAGUGAAGAAAAAUCACAGGAAGUUUCUCCAGAUAUCGAAAAUGCAAACCAAAGUACAGCGGAAGUGUCUAUCACUAAAAAAUUAAAGAAAAAGAAACCAGCCAAAGAACUUGUCAAUCAAAAACCUGAAGAUGAGGUGGAAGCAGAAACGACCAUUAUGAGAAAGAGAGAAAAAGAUGAAGAUAAUUUUGAAGCAGAAAAAACCAUUAUAAGAAGAAAGGAAAAACCUGAAUCUGACGACUCAGACGAAAUUGUCAUUGAGAAGGUAAUUCCAAAGAAAAAGGAACUACAAAUCGAGAACGAAGAAGAUGUUGAUGUAACUAUAAUCAAGAAAAAGCCGGAUUCGGAUGAAGUACAAGAAUUCACGAUCAAAAAGAAACCAGUACGUAAACCAUCCAUUGAAGAGCACUCCGACGAAAUAACAAUCAAGAAAUUGAAGAAAAUCAGAAAACCAUCCAAACCAGACAUCCCAGAAUUCACAGAUGUCACGGAUGUUACAUUCAGACCGAAAGUAACGAAAACCAAGGAAGAUGUUGAUCAGGAGUUCAAAAUUUCUCUAGAUUCUUACGCUGAAGAAGAAAUUUCAAUGUCUGGCAAAAUAAGAUUAAUGAAAAAGAGACCAUCAACAUAUUCUGAGGAAGCGGGACAGGAAACUAUACGUAUUUUCCAAGAGGUAGAGCAAGAAGGUCCAGUUAUUGAAGAAAUCAUUGAUGAAGGAAGCGAUGCGGAAGAGCUGCCAUACGAUGAAGAGAGUCCUGAGAAUUUCCAUGUUCCACUGAAGAAAAAUAUUCCGCGAAAAUACUCAGUGUUCGAAGAGGAUGAGGAAUCAGUGUCGAUUGGACUUAAGAAAAAGAGUGAGAGUAAAGAUUAUGAAGAAGAAUCCAUGACCCUCAAAUCCAAGAAAAAACCAAAAUCAACUUAUGACCAAGAAGCUGCUUCGUUGAGCAUCACUAGAGAAACUGAAGUUCUUGUAGAACCUGAUGUUGAAGUCUUAGAGGAAAUAGUUUAUUGCAUUCGUCCUUAUAAUGCAGAGACUGAAUCAUCAAUGGAUUUGGUAGAAGGAGAAAGAGUAUAUGUAAUCGAAACACAUGAUUCCGAUUGGUGGCUUGUGAAGAAAUUAUUCGCAAAUGAGAAAGGAUGGGUACCAGCAAAUAUCUUGAUGGAUGAAAAUAAUUAUAAGAUAUAUAUUCAGAAAAAACUCAAUGAAAAAAUUGAUGAACUACCAGUAUUUGAACAGCCUACCGACAAAAAGAAAUCAGUGGCACCGAGAUUCAUCGAGAGAUUAAAACCUACCGUGUGCAGAGAUGGUGACACUGUACAGUUCCAGUGCCAAGUCGAAGGAUCACCUCGUCCACAAAUCACUUGGUUCCGUCAGACCGCGAUCAUAAAACAUUCGGAAGACUUCCAAAUAUACUAUGACGAAGACAACGUCGCUACCCUGAUCAUCAAGGAAGUUUUCCCCGAAGAUUCUGGAUCGUUCACAUGCGUGGCGAAAAAUUCGGCCGGGUCUGCAUCAACUACAACAGAAUUAAUUGUUCAACACACAUCAGACCACGACUAUACUUACGUGUCGAGAAAGAGUAUGUCCAAAGAGUCGUCACUAGCAGAUGUAUUGGAGGGAAUUCCACCGACGUUCUUCCAUAAGCCAAAGACUUACUGCAUACCCGAGUAUUCCACUAUAGAGAUCGAAUGUGGAAUGAUAGCCUUGCCGGAACCGCACAUAAUUUGGUACCGAAAAGGCCGAAUUCUUAAUAACACUGAUAAUGUUACUAUAACAACAACAUCUAAGGGACCCAAAUAUCACUCUACGUUGAAAAUUGAAAACAUACAAAAGAACCAAGAAGGAGAUUAUGAAAUCGUAGCAAGAAACAGUGAGGGUGAAAGCAGAAUCCACUGUUCAAUUAAUGUUAUUUCUGAAGGCAAUCAGGCUCCAGAAAUUAUCGAACCGCUCGUUUCAAAAACAAUCCGUAAAAAAGAACCCAUCACCCUCAGAACAGUGAUAACAGGAAAUCCAGCACCGACAGUCGAAUGGUUCAAAAACAAGGAACCAAUAGAGCCUUCGUUGGUGGAGCGAGAUGAGCAUACUUAUACAUAUUCCAUCACAAGGUCAACACUCAACGAUGCUGCGGAAUAUACUGUGAAAGCAUCAAAUUCAUGUGGUUCUGCUGAAACUAAGGCUUAUCUUAGUGUUGAGGAAUAUACCGUUAAUGAGGUGCCGAUGUUCAUUGAACGUUUCGAAGAAUUAGUGGUACCCGUCAAUAGAACUAUUCGUCUUUCUGCACGAGUAACUGGCAAUCCAGUUCCAGAAAUAACGUGGUUGAAGAACAACGUACCAGUCGAAGCGAGCGAAAGGAUUCAGAUGUCCUACGAUGGAGAAAACAUCGAACUGAUAAUCACCAACGCAAAUUCAGAAUUAGAUUCUGGAGAUUACAAAUGCAUCGCCCAGAAUAAAGUGGGAAAAGCCUCGCAUGGUGCUAAAGUAACGGUGGAAGUGGACGAAGUUAAAUUCACGAAAAAGUUGGAGAAAUCUUACCAGAGCAUAGAAAGAGAAACGUUACAGCUCGUAUGCGAAACGUCCCACAAAGUUUCUACGAAAUGGUUCUUCAACAACAAAGAAAUAACCGGAAUGGAUUAUCGCACUGUAGUCGAAGAAGGAAAAACUCACAAACUAUUGAUCAAAAAUAUAACAGAGAAAGAUCAAGGGCACUAUAAAUGCUCCGUGAAAAACGUAUCAACUGAAACAGUUGUCAGUGUUAUUCCCACCAAACCUGAAUUCGUCAGACGUUUACAGGACCUCGAAAUACCCGAACGUGAAAUGGCAAUCCUUGAAGUGGAAAUUUCAUCGGAGACCGCCGAAGUUAUAUGGAAGAAGGAUGGAUCCACUAUUACGGAAACUGAAAACUUUGAACUGGUUAAAGAAGGAGGAUUGAGAAAACUUCUGAUAAGAAGCACCUCAAUUCACGACGAAGGAGAGUAUACCUGCAUGUUAGAAGACGACGAAUGCAGAGCUGAAGUUAACGUUAUCGAAUUACCUCCAGAAAUCAUCACUCAUCUACAUGAUAAAACAGUCAACAGAGGAGACAAAACUGUGUUCGAAAUAGAACUGUCCAAGGGAGAUGCCCUAGCCAAAUGGUUCAAAGAUGGCGUCGAGAUACAGUUCUCAGAGCAUAUACAAUUAUCCAUCGAUGGAAAGAAACAGAAGUUGAAAAUAUACAAUUCAGAAUUAACGGAUGCUGGAGUUUACACUUGUGAGGUUGGCCUGCAGAAAUCUUCAGCCAAACUGACUGUAAACGAAGGAUUGUUCCAUUUCAAGAGACCACUUCCUCCAAUUACAAUCAUAGAAGAAAACGCUGAAGUCGAAUUUUGGGUCGAACUAUCGCAAAGCGAUGUUGAAGUGGAAUGGUACAAAAACACCAAAAAAAUAGUAACCUCAGACAGAUACAGAAUAAGCUCAGAUAAAACCAUCAGAAGAUUGGUCAUGAAAAAGACCACAAUUGAGGACGAAUCCGAAUAUUCUUGUCGGGCUACGUUCAGAUCUGAAACUAUAACCAGUUCUACGCAACUGAAAAUUGGAGGAAAACCAUCACCACCUAGAGGACCCCUUCAAAUAUCAGGAAUGUCAGCCAAUUCCUUCACGAUCCACUGGGAACCGUCAGAAUACGAUGGACACUCUCCCAUCAUCGAAUAUAUUGUUGAAAUGAAGGAAAUGCAAACUCAAAAAGAAUUCAAAAAAGUUGGAGCCACAAAAGGAGAUGUGACCACAAUACCUAUCAACUAUCUGGAAAAGGACCAUGGUUACAGAUUCAGGAUAACAGCGCGAAACAGUAUUGGUAUUAGUGAGCCUUAUCUACCAGAAGAAACUAUUGUUGCUGGAUCUAGGAUCAGAAUUAAAUACCAGUUUGAAAAAACCGAUGAAAGCUUUUACUGCUUACUUGGUAUAUUCCCCCCAGCUACGUUCAAAACAAAGACACCACCAUCCCCUCCAAUCAACUUAACCCUGAAAGACGUGACCAGUCGCAGCGCAACUUUGUCUUGGGGACCUCCCGAGAACAAUGGUGGUACUGAAAUCACUGGUUAUGUCGUCGAGAGAAAAUUGGAGUUCAUGCCGAAAUGGGAAAAAGUCUUCACUUUGGAGUCGUUCACUCUUCAAUAUACAUUCGAGAACCUCAAGGAGAAGAGUGAUUAUAGAUUCAGAGUAUUCGCCGAAAAUGCUAUCGGCUUGAGUUUACCUGCUGUUACAGAAACUGUACAACUCAAAACACACGCAACCGUCCCAUCACCACCAACAGCCCCUCUCGAAAUAAGAACUAUUGGACCAAAUGCCAUAGUUAUAGAGUGGGGACUUCCAGAAUCCGAUGGCGGUUCUCCCCUACUCGGCUACAAGAUCGCCAUCAAAGACACGAAGAAAACGAUGUGGAUGGAGAUCGGUAGGGUGAACAAAGGCGUUCUCAAAUUCACCAUCAGAGAUUUGCAGGAAGGACACGAUUAUCUGAUAAGAAUUUUCGCGAGGAACGAAAUUGGUCUUAGUGAGCCUCUGGAAUCAGAUGAACCAUUCAAGGUCCUUCCUUCAGGUGAAACUGACCAAGAAGACUUUAGAGAAGUGACAGAUAGAGAACCAACAUCCUACAGUACAGAAACAACAACCUCCUGGCUGAGGGAGAACAACAUGGAUGCAGAUAUUUAUACUUACGCCAGAGGAAAACUUUUGCAACGCGAUGAAUACUUCUUCCGUAUUUGGUGUUACGCGAAGCAAUUGUUCAAAUAGAAAAACGAAGUUAGACGCUGUACAUAAUUGUUAAUUUUAAUAUUUAAACGUACUUAUCGAUUUGUUAUAAUUUUUAUAUAUCUAAAUGAUAUGAUAUGACCAAUAUAGGGACACGAAAAGUGAUAAAACCUGUAUACAUGUUAUUGAAUCUAGUCCCUGAGUUUGUUUGAUACCCACUGUGAUAUGCUAUAUCAAAAAUGGACUUGAAGAAUGUAUUAUUCAAACAACAGGUGUGUUUGAAAUACAGACUCACCUUAACUGAAAACUUAUACCGAUAUUUGUUUUAUACGUAAACCUAUUCUAUACUUGUAUUUAUUGUAUUGAAAGCAUCAGUCUUAGCCAUUUAUUUGUAUUUCAGAAGGUUCGGAAAGCCUUCGAACAAUAUCAAUUGACAUAUGUCCAAAUAUUGAAUUAAGGGGUUGAGUAAAAAAUGGGAGAAAAUAUAGGUGCAAAAUAACAUCUUCAAUUUAUUCAACCACUUAAUCGAUAUAUUUACUGUAUUUGUUCGAAUUAAAAAUAAAUAUGCACUCAAAUAU